ACAGGAGUAACCCGCACACAUAUUGCACAAUGUCCUCCAAACCGGGCAAGAAAAAGGAGUCCGUGCACCGAAUGAGCUCAGCGAUGGGGCACACACCUAGAGAGUGAGUGGAGGGGUGAGGGAGGGCUGAGUGCCCACUUGGAGUGAUUGGCAUCAGGUGGUCUGAGGGCAGGAGCGGGCACUCUCUCCAAUUUACUAAUAAAUGUCAUCUAGUUUACCCAGGCAGGGUGUGUGAAGCUGGGUAGUGAGAGCAUGAUGUGCUAGCAGUAUAAAGGCUGCUUAUUGUAGUAAAAUACACAAACAGAUCAGGAUUAGUUUGGCCAUAACAUUGUUAGAGGUUAUUUUUUUUAUUUAGGACAAACAGGAAAAAAAAAAAAAAAAGUUCUGUAAUAAUAUUCUGUGUGUAUAUUGUGAUUGCCAUUUGACUAGCAAGUUAUGUUUUACAUUGUUUUUGGUGCAUUUCUGGUGACAUUAUGCCACACGUACAACAUAUAUAGUAAGCGCUCAACUCAAGUUCUGGUAACCCAGUGUUACAUGCACUAAUCCAAACAGGGUGCUAAAAAUGGGGGGGGGGCACACCCAUAGCACACCAAUUAAUGCAGCACAGCCUGGCCCCCACCCUUGAGCGACGGGUGGGGGCCCUAAAUUCCAAUAAGUGGGGGGUGGGUACCUAUUGCCGUCCUCCCUCCGGGCCUGCACCCAUAAGCGGCGGGUGGGUGUCCUAAAUGAAAAUGUUAACCCACCCCACCCAUAAAAAAAAUAAUUAAUAAACACCUACCUACACCCACCACCCUAAUACAGCGCUGCGGUAUAUACUGGGCCCAUGUUUCCCUGUCAGGGGCGGAUCCAGAACCUAAUCUUGGAAGGGGCACUGGUAGAUUAUUUAAAGAAACAAUCCAGGCACAAUAACCACUACAGCUAAGAAGAGUUUGACAAUGUACCUGGGGUUUGCCAAGAUAGGGGCAGUGGUGUGUGUGGGGCACAAUGUGUGUGUUUAUGGGGGUGCACUGUGUUUUUUGAAGGCUGUAGUGUGUGUGUGUGUGUGAGCAGGGCCGGUGCAUGGCUUUUGGGUACACAGGCGAGCAUGAUUUUGGCACGCCCUCCCCAAGCAUCUUCACCUGCCUUUUGUUUCUUAUUCCCUUUUUAAAAAUGUCUUACCCCUUUUAGUAUAUCUUUUCCACUAUUUUUCACCAUUGUGUGCCUUACACCUCCCUUGUGUAUCUCGUACAAUCCCCCUUUGUGUGUAUUACUCCCCCCAGCCCCUUCUUGUGUGUUUCCUCCCACCCCCCUCUUAGUGUUCCUCUCCCUCUUUUAGUGGUCCCCCUACCCCAAUGUUCCUUUUCCCUUCUCUCCCCGUUCCUUAGUGCCCCCUACUCCCCCCCCCAGUGUUCCUCUCCCCUCCCUCUUUUUAGUGUUCUUUUCCACGCUCCCCUAUCCCAUAGUGUUCCCCCCUCCCUGUCCCAUAGUGUUCUUCCCCCCUCCCUGUCCCAUAGUGUUCUUCCCCCCUCCCUGUCCCAUGGUGUUCUUCCCACUUCCCCCUCCUAUCCAUGAGUGUUCAAGCUUCCCCCUCACCCCAUGGUGUUCUCCCCCCCUUCACAUGAGUGUUCUUCCCCCCCCCCCCCUCCUGUCCCAUGGUGGUUUCUUUCCCCCCCUCCUUGUCCCAUGGUGUUCUUCCCCACCCUGUCCCAUAGUGCUGUCCCCCCACCCUGUCCCAUAGUGUUCUUUCCCCACCUGUCCCAUAGUGUUCUUUCCCCCACCCUGUCCCAUAGUGUUCUUUCCUCCACACCCUGUCCAUGGUGUUCUUCCCCACCCUGUCCCAUGGUGUUCUUCCCCCACCCUGUCCCAUGAGUGUUCUCCCCCACCCUGUCCCUGGUGUUCUCCCCACCCUGUCCCGCCAAUUUAUUUCCCUCCACACCCUGUCCGAGUGUUUGGCUUCCUCCCCACCCUGUCCCAUGGUGGUGGCCUCCCCACCCCCUGUCCCAUAGUGUUCUUCCUCCCCGCCCUGUCCAUAGUGUUCACCUCCCACCCUGUCCCAUAGUGUUCUUCCCUCCCCACCCUGUCAUAGUGUUCUUCACUCCCCACUGUCCCAUAGUGUCUUCCUCCACCCCUGUCCCAUGAGUGUUCUGUUUCCCUCCCCACCCUGUCCAUGAGUGUUCUUCCUCCACCUGUCCCAUAGUGUUCUUCCUCCCCCACCUGUCCAUGGUGUUCUUCCCCUCCCCACCCUGUCCCAUAGUGUUCUUCCACCCCCCACUCCUGUCCAUAGUGUUUCUUCCCCCACCUGUCCCAUGGUGUUCUUCCUCCCCCACCCCUGUCCCAUAGUGUUCUUCCUCCCCACCCUGUGCUGGUGUUCUUCCCUCCCCCACCCUGUCCCAUAGUGUUCUUCCUCCCCACCCCUGUCCCAUGAUUUCUUUCCCCAUCCUGUCCAUAGUGUUCUUUUCCCCCCUCCUGUCCCAUGAGUGUUCUUUUCCCCUCCUGUCCCAUAGUGUUCUUUUCCCCCUCCCUGUCCCAUAGUGUUCUUUUCCCCCUCCCUGUCCCAUAGUGUUCUUUUCCCCCUCCCUGUCCCAUAGUGUUCUUUUUCCCCCUCCCUGUCCCAUAGUGUUCUUUUUCCCCCACACUGUCCCAUAGUAUUCUUUCCCCCCCUACCCUGUCCCAUUUGGGAUGGCUUGUGCAUUAAAUGAGGAGGGGCAAUUACAUGCAUAACAACUCGAUUUAAUUUUGUGGUGGCUAUCUUGAAGGCCACUCAUAUGUGUUUUUAAAUUUUAAUCUAUACAUUUGCAGGUGUUUUGCCAGUUCAAUGUAUGUAAACACACACUGAUGUAAUCACUUAGUUUACAAAUAAUAAAUAUAUAUAUAUAUAUAUAUAUAUAUAUAUAUAUAAUAUACACAAACACAUGAUGUGGUUAAUUCAAAUUAUGUAGCACCAAUGCUGUAAAUAUGCAGCCAAACAAUAAACUGUACAUAAACAAACACAUUCUCAUGCAGUGGAAAUAUACAUGCAGUGUAAAAACGUGUAAAAAAAAAAAAAAAAACAGAACACACUACAGUAUCUCUAUGGUGUGCACCCUUAAUAAGUGCUAUUAAUCAUACUUUGAUAUAGAAGGGUGGCCAUACAUACAACAAUAUAAGCCAAUGAUAGAAGGAAAGCCAUGACAGGCCUUGCACCAUAACCCAGUGGUGUAUUUUGGUUUGGUGCCUCCCUAAGCAUGACUAAACCUGGGCAACCCCCCUAAUCUAAUUUUGCCCCACUCCUACAGGUCAAGGCCACAUCUCUUCCUGAUUAAGAAUCCAUCCCUUCCUCUUUAGACUCUACUAUGUCCUACUCCUUUUAAAGGGAUACUAUAGUGCCAGUAAAGAUUUCCUGGCACUAUAGUUCCCUCUAAUGUCACCCUCCCUCUUGCCCUCACCCCUUACUCAGCACUGAAGGUUAAAACUCCUUCAGUCACUUAGCUGAAUCCAGCGUCGAUGUCCCUCAGCGCUGGGUCGGGCUCCUCCACCGCGCUUGCAUUAGGCUUCCCCAUAGGAAAGCAUUGUAUCAGUUCUUUCCUAUGGGGAUUUAUCAGAUGCUGGAUUUCCGAAAACACAGAGUGAAGAAGUCCAGCAUCAAUUAAGCGACUUUUGGUCGCCUAACCAUCCGGAAGGAGUUAACCCCUCAAGGUAAUUAUUGCAGUUUCUGAGAUCACAGCUCCCUCGCCGCCUGUGAUUCUCACACAGCCGUAGGCCUGGGGGGGGGGAGGGUACAUUAAGGUGCCCAGCAGGCCUGCCCUUGGCCCUUCACAUAAUUUACUUAAACAAAACUAAAAUAAACAAAAUAUGUGUUUCAAAAGGAAAGAAUGUUAAACCUAGCUGCAAACUAUUACCUCAACCUUUGUUAAAAUACUUCACAAAAUAGCAUCUAGUAUAGUCAAAAUAUUAGAAUAACCAUUUCAUUUAACUGUGGUUGAAGUGUUCCUUCACCCCUGUAAAUACUUUUCUAGCAUUUACUGGAUUGAACUAAGCAGUGAGGGUAAUUUAUCUACACUGCACUUUUCUGGUUUCCUCUUUCCUCUACCAGUUUAAAUAUUUGCAUUCUUUGCCUUGUGUAGAAAAUGUACUAAUUAAAAAAACGGAAGAAUUUUUUUUUUAAAAAUAGCAUAAUUUAUAGAAAAUGUUUUGUUAACCCUUAGCUGUUAGAAUAUAUUAAAAUCAAGGAAGUGGUCCUCUUUAAAAUGGGCCAUCCACUUAGAAAAAACUCAAUAGAGCGUAGAACCAACAUUUAUUUAAACAGUUACAGAGUUUUAAUUUUAAACUCAUUCUGCGAAUAUGUAAAAAGUUUGGGAAUCCAGCUGUCUAUGUUUUAAGGUGAACAAUUAUAAAACAUUCACAGAUAUCCCAAUUUUCCAAACUAACUGAGAAUCGUCUAGAAAUGUAAAGAUCUUUCAUCUGUGUGUUACUUUAAAACACAAACAUGGUUUAACUAGUUAAUGUCCUGAAGCUAGCAACAGAACUGCUGUCAUUUCCAUGUGAACCUCAGUGUUACUGUUGAAUUCUUCAGCAAAGUCAUAGGUUUAUCAGAAAAGUACUCAUCAGUUAGAGGAAAAAAAACUAGCCUUGCCUGUUUCAUUUUCUUAACGGGUCUCUAUUGCUUUGAAUGCCACCACGAUUCUUGUCCUAGUUUAUUUGCUUAUCAAAUUUCGUCUCCUGCUUGAGUUUCAGUAUUCAAUAAGAUCUUUUUCGGACUAGCCAAAAUUUAGGCCAGAUUCUUCCACUUAGCAUAAGAAUAAAUUUAGUUGAUAAAUAUGAAAAUAAAAUACAUUUCUAAUCUCUUUCCUAUAAUAAUAUUUCGAUUUUAUUCAUUAGUUUAUUAUUUUUUUCUUCUCUGGUAUGUUUUUAAAUCAUAUUUAAAAAUGACAUUCCACAGACUGAUAGUUUGUUGUUUUUGGAGAAUGUUAUGAAUGGGAAGCCAUUGAUCCCACUGGCACAUACAACAAUCGCAUAUAGUGGACAAUCGCAUGUAACUGACCUAAAAAUAUAUAUUUGUAGUUUUGUUUGUUCUUAGUUUAACUUGGUUAGAUAUUCAACUAUAGUGAAUGAGUUUGCCAAAAUAAAAUGAAUGUUCGGAAAAAAAUCAAUAUCAAGUAGCAUGUUUGGGUAAACGGUGUGUCCUAUGCUGUCAUAAUUUAACAGGAAAUGUAACUCUUACAGCUUGUAAAAUUGUAUAAAAAGUAUUGUCAUACAACAAUUAUAGAAUAGCAGUUGACGGUGAGUUUUUUUCCCGAUUCAUGCUUCAAAACCAUUUAGUAAAUGCCAGUCGAAACAAUAUUUAUUAAUUUGGAUCUGACAGCCCUUAAGACAAGAAGAAUGUGUGAAAUGAUUUGGAAUAUAGUAAAAGACCCAAAGGGGAUGUUUAGGUUAUAGUUCUAAAAGAGGAAAAAUCAUUAGGAAUAUUACACUGGUUUCCAUGGUUAUUGUUCCACUUUUAUAACUUUGCACCAGAAUUUUUUUUUUUUUAUGUAGAACUGCCAAUCAAUAUCCCGUCUCACCCAUGAAAAAUAUCCAUGGUGAUAGAAAUAGAACGUUAAGGAUAAAGAAGGCCUUUAGGAGACUUAAAGCAUCACUGUCACUUUACCCCACAAUCAUUUAGUCAAAUUAAUCCCACAGAAAGGCAAACUGCAGACUCCAUGGAUAGAAGAGACAACAAUGGAAUCAUCAUAUGCAAGGUAGAAAAGAUAAUAAAUAUAAAUAAGGUAAAUAGCAAGGAGGCAGUACAAGGGGCAUAAGGAAGGAAAAACCUAAAAGAAAAGAAAAAUGCAAUUAAUGCUUUAAGUACUUAUAAAAUGUAUAGAGACUUUGGGAUAGAUGGUUAACAUAACACAUGGAGAACACAAAUACCCUCAUAUAAUGCUUAAAGGGUUACUCUACGAACCUUGGCCACUUCAGUGAUUUGAUUAGGCUGGGAGAGAAUUGGGUCUUGGCGCUGGAACAGAGGUGUGUUUUUAGCUAUUUCCUUUUUUUUUUUUUUUUUUUUAAACAAAUUUUUUUUGAUUGGAUGAUUUAUUUCUCACUUGGCACAAACACUGCCACAGACAGCCAUACAUAAGACCAUCUAUAUAGUUCUGCAAGAUCUGCUUUUGUAACUACCUUCCCCUCACCCAGUGGUGUAUCCUGGUUUUGUGCUGCCCUAGGCAGGAUUUCUGGAUUUCUCUGCAUACCAGUAAAGACUAAGAAUAUAAAAGAAUAUAUAGUUAAAUAACUUCUCAUCUACACAUUUCCUAGUCGUUAGCAUAUGCACCAUGUAUAGAUUACAUUUUAUUUUCUAAGUCAUGUUUGACAUCACAAGUACAUUAUAACAUACACUGGCAAUUAUAACAUACACUGGCAAUGAAAACAACGUAAACAGUACCACUGUAAAGAGAUAUAUGCUAUCAGCAUAGAUGCAAAGUCUACAAAUAUAUCCUUCACCAGCCUCCUCACUCUCAGAUUAUAUGAUGACUUCUCACAUUCUCCAGCAUUGCUAAAAUUCAAAGUUCAUUUCAAAAUUUAAUCUAAAAUAGCAAAAUUCAGUUCUGUUUCCAGUUCAGGCUACUUUGGCCUUAAAGAAACACUAUAGGGUCAGGAAUACAAAUGUAUUCCUGACCCUAUAGUGUUAAAACCACCAUUUAGGUGGCUUGUCCCCCCUUAGCCACCUUAAAAGGUAAUGCAACUUACCUUUGUUUCCAGCGCCCCGAUCCGCCUCCUUGCUGACAUCAUCAGAAUUUAUGAUUUAAGCCAAUCCAAUGAUAGGGAAAGCAUUUAAUAGGCUGAAAUCGGAAAGGAGAAGGGGUGGGGGCAGUGCCAAACACCAGUGUGGCCAGUCAGCACCUCCUCAUUGAACCAAUGCAUAUCUCUGAGGAAAAGUUCUGUGUCUCCAUGGGGGCAAAGUAAACACUGCAUUUUCUCUGAAAAAGGUAGUAUUUACUUGAAAAUGCAUCCAGGGACUGUUUAUACUCACCAGAAAAACUACAUUAAGCUGUAGUUGGUCUGGUGACUACAGUGUCCCUUUUAACUUGAAAAUCACUUUGAAUGCACAACAGAUCUCACUUUAACCCCUUAAGACCGGAGGGCGUACUAUUACGCCCUAUUCUAAGCGGCUCUAAACGCCGCCGGGUGUAAUAGUACGCCCUCCGGUCUUUUCCUACUAACCCGGUCGCCGGCGAUCCCACGCCGGUGAUCGCGGUUCGGGGGACUCCCAGGGAUCCCCCUGCGGCACGUCCAACGUCCUGGAAGCCCCCCGGCCAUGUGAGAGUGGGGUCCUUGCGAGGACCCCACAAUCACAUGGCCAGGGGUAGCUGGCUGCAGCAUUGCCAGCAGGGGGACUGCCUGUAAUGACAGGUGGUCCCCCUACUGGCUGAAAAUAAAAUUAAAUAAAAUUAAUAGUGUAAAAAAUAAUAAUAUAUACUUCGAUUAUUUAUAUUUAUAUAUAUACACACACACACACACACGUACACUGUCUAGGUGUAUUUUACUUUUAAUAUAUAUAUCUCAAAUUACAUGUAGACUGAUACUGAUUUAAAUAUAUAUAAUUAUUGUUAUAUAUAUAUAUAUAUAUAUAUAUAUAUAUUUAUAUAUAAUAUAAAAAAAUAAAAAUGUAAAUACGUUAAAAAAUAAAAUUAAAAAAUAAUUAAAAAUAAAUAAAAAAUAUAUAGAUGUGUUAUUUCGUUCUAACUGUAUUGUGAAAUUUAUAAAAAAAAAAAUAUAUAUAUAUAUAUAUCUCAAAAUACACGUAGAACGAAAUAAUAUAUAUAUCUAUAUACAUAAAUAUAUACGUAAAUAUCACUAUAUAUAUAUAUAUAUAUAUAUAUACCUAUAUAUAUAAAUAAAAAUAUUUAAAAAAAAUUAUAUAGAUAUAUACAUAUAUUAAUUCUACAUAUAUAUUUAUGUAAUAUUUUUACAUAAUUAGGUAUCUUAAUUAAUUACAAUUAGCGGGACUUGCCUGACAACCCAUGCCGAAAGUAAAGGGAAUUUAAUUGGCUAGCACUAUAUUUAAGCCUAUAACUUUCCAAGACACCAUAAAACCUGUACAUGGGGGGUACUGUUCUACUCGGGAGACUUUGCUGAACACAAAUAUUAGUGUUUCAAAACAGUAAAAUGUAUUACAACGAUGAUAUCGCCAGUAAAAGUGACUUUUUUUGCAUUUUUCACGCACAAACAGCACUUACACGGACGAUAUUAUUGCUGCGAUACUUUUUACUGUUUUGAAACACAAAUAUUUGUGUUCAGCUAAGUCUCCUGAGUACAACAGUACCCCUCAUGUACAGGUUUUAUGGUGUUUUCAAAAGCUACAGCGUCAAAUAUAAGGCUUGUGUUUCAUUUUUUUCACAUUAAAAUUCGCCAGAUAGGUUACGUUGCCUUUGAGACCCUAUGGUAGCCUAAGAAUGAAAAUUACCCCUAUGAUGGCAUACCAUUUGCAAUAGUAGACAACCCAAGGUAUUGCAAAUGGGGUAUGUCCAGUCUUUUUAGUAGCCACUUAGUCACAAACACUGGCCAAAAUUGGCGUUUUUUGCAUUUUUCACACACAAACAAAUACUAACGCUAACUUUGGCCAGUAUUUGUGACCAAAUGGCUACUAAAAAAGACUGGACAUACCCCAUUUGCAAUACCAUGGGUUGUCUACUAUUGCAAAUGGUAUGCCAUUAUGGGUGUAAAUUUCAUUCCCGGGCUACUAUACAGUCUCAAAGGCAACGUAACCAAUCUGGCGAAUUUCAAUUUCAAAUGUAACGUGCUAUAUUUGACCCUGUAACUUCCCAAAACGCCAUAAAACCUGUACAUAGGGGAUACUGUCUUACACGUGAAACUUUACUGAAUACAAAUAUGUGUAUUUUAUUGCAGUAAAAGCAAACGGUAUUAUGACACUGACAGUUAAAAUGUAAUGUAGAACUAAAAAAAUAAAAAAAAUCGUAUUUUCUCCCAUUUUUUCAUAUUAAAUUAUGUUUCAUAGCUAAAUAUUUGAUAUUAAAUGAAAGCCCUGUUUCCCCUGAAUAAAAUGAUAUAUAAUAAGGGUGGGUGCAUUUACUAUGAAAGAGGUGAAUUACGGUUGGACAGACAUGUAGCGCAAAUACCAGGUUUUGUUUACAUUUUGUUUUGUUCACAACGUGUACAUUUGGCUACGUCCUUAAGGGGUUAAUGAAUAACCCUGUGAGUACUUUGGGAUCCGGCAUCUUUAUGGGGCAAGGGCUAUCUAUCUGUUUAUCCACUCCUUCAACCUAUGAUGUGAUUUUUACCAGCACAAUGUAUAGAUUAGAUAGAUACCUGCCUGAAGGUGACAUUGUCAUCUCCAUGUUAUCAGAGUCACAGGUCCGCUUGAGCAUGUUAAUAUAUAAAGUACAGCAUCCUUUUUAUUUGAGCCUGCACCAUACAGCAUUAGUCAUAUGCGUGCAGAUUUCUACUUACAUCAAAACAGCAAAGCUCAGACAGCAGUAAGAUUCUAAGUCAACGACGACCUUGUGUAUAAUUGAUGUAAGAUAAUUGCUCAUACAGCACUUCAAGUCUUGGUAAUAUUUAACCUUGGCCACGCUUUGCAAAGCUCAUAUGCUAUAGUUUUAAACAUCAUUACACAUUCCCUUACACUUCCAUCUGCCCUUCAAGGCUGUCUGAAGUUCUUGCCAGUUUAAUAUUUAUCUCAACAGGGAUGCCACCUUAAGAAAGGAGAUUGAUACGUAAGUCUGAGAUGAUGCCAAAUUAACAGACUGCAAUGCAGUUGGUUGUCUUCAAAUUCCUCUGCAACAGAUGGGAGGACAAAGUAUUCAAAUCCACCCAAAUGUAAUAAAGGAAUUAAUCAAAGUCUUCACGAUGAUUCCAGAAAUGUUGUUUUGUACGAGGGUGAAAUACCUAUGCAUAGCUCCUGUCACCCUGAACAAACAAAGUAUUUCAGUGUUUUAUUUAAUCAGAAAGUGUUUUUACCAGGGGGGAAUUGACAUUCUUCUAGUUUUCAAGUAUUUUUGGAGAAUACUAACAAGUCUAUUUAGUCUCAGUGUUACAUUUCAAAAUUAAAACCAGAAUUAAUAAUCAUUUUCAGUGGAUAUACAUUUGGUUUGGCAGAUAUUUUAAGCGGUUUCAAACUUGUGGAGCAUUUGAUUUUUUUUUUUGGAAGGUUAUUGCACAGUUGUUAAACUCUCUUUGAGGAAACAAUUUUACAUCUGUUUUACAAAUGUGAGUACAUUUAAAGCACUGUGCUCAUGUUCCUCUUUACAGCUGUUUCCUUGCUGUAAAGAGGAAUAUGAGUACAGUGCUUUAAAUGUACUCCCCAGGGAGAAGAUAGCUCCCAUUUGUAAUGUAUUUUAUAGAUAAUGCGUUAACAGAUAUGCAGUAAACUUUAUACAUAAAUAAAAUAUGUUUGAAAUUCCCAAGUAAUUACAGCUUCCUGCAGUGAACUCUACCUAGAGUAGAAAGAAGGUGAUAUCUUUUAGCCAAUUCUAGACAUCUGUUUAUGUUCAAAGGAUUGCUAGGCAAAACUUCUGUACAUGGAUUCUCCAGUGCCAGGAUAACAUAUUAGUUUUCCUGGCACUGCAGGACCCUGUAGUGCCCCUCUCCCUCCAACCCCCCAUCCCAAGUUGCUGAAGGGGUUAUAACCCCUUCAGUCACUUACUGGAGACCAGCGCCGAUGUCCUUCUUUCCUAUGGGGAUUUCGGCGACGCUGGAGGUCCCCACAUAGCGUGAGGACGUCCAGCGUCGUUUUACUAGAGGAGGACUCAAUCCUGCAUAAAUAUUGCAGUUUAUGAAAACUGCAAUAAUUUCACUUGCAGGGUUAAGGGUAGUGGGAGUUGGCACCCAGACCAGUACAAUGGGCAGAAGUAGUCUGGGUGCCUGGAGUGUCCCUUUAAUGAAACUGAUGUGCUGCUCUCAAAACAGUUUGGUUUUGCUAACGGCUCCCAAACAAAGGCUUCUCAGUGAGCGGCUUUUUAAUGGAGUAUUUCACAACAAAAACUGAAAGUAUGUGCCAGGGGAAAAGGGGAGGGCUUGCAAAGGCUGCAGACAGGAGGUCUGCAACUUUUACUAGCUGUUUUUUUUUUUUUUCAUGUAACCCUAAAGAAAACAUGCAGGAAAAAAAAAUAUAAGCAUGUUAUGUUUGUGGCAGGGCUGGACUGAGAAAAAAAAAUCGGCCCCAGGCAUUUUUUAUCACAGCGGCCCACCAAGAAGGGGGUGGCAGAGAGGGUGAACUCUACCUCAUCACUAAUGACAAACACGCCCCCUCUCAAAGUGAGCUUGUUGGUUCAUGGCAGAGCUCUGCCGAAGAGCUCUAGCAUGAGAAAAAAGCCCUGUAUUUGUUCUGCACAACACAAGCAGAUUUAAUAACAUGCUUGCACCUUGUUUCCUUGAUAGAUACCAGGAGACAAAAAUGCCAGGAAAGAGUAUUGUAUAUGUGUUUUGGAGUCUGCUUGUGGUAUUGCGUGUGUGUAGAGUGAGCUGAUUGUGGUGUGGUUUUGUGUAAUAAGGUCGGUUUUAGUUGUGUUGUGUUUGUGGUGUAAUGUAAUGCAUAUGUGGCUAGGGGCUGUAGAGAAUGUGUGUAUAGGGGAUGUAGCAAGUGUGUGCAUACAGGCUGUGUGUGUGUAUAGGCGAUGUGUUUGUAGAGAAUGUGUGUUUAGGGGUGCAGUAUGUGUUUGCUUACAAGGAAUCUAGUGUGUGAAUAGGGGAUCCAGAGUGUGUAUGUUAAGAGUGUAGUGUGUGUGUAUAAAUAUGUUUGGAAGUAUUGUGUAUGUGUGUGGUGCAGUGUGUCGGAGGGUUCUGUGUGUAUGUGAGGGGUGCAGUAUGUGUGUGUGAUGGGUGUGGUGUGUGUGUGAGGGUGGUGUGUGUGUGUGUGUGACAGUGCUGUGGUGCUGUGUCGGAGGGUGCUCUCCCCACCGGCCCGUCAUUGAAAACAGCGGGGCCGGCGCUCGGAUAGUGCCGGCCCUGCAUAGAGCGGCAGGGGAGAUCCUGUGAUCUCCCCUGCCGGCCUUGGCCCAUGGCCACCGCGGCCCACCGGGCAUUUGCCCGAUGGCCAGUCCGGGCCUGGUUUGUGGGUAUAUCUACUAACUUGUUUAAAAAAAUAUAUAUAUAUAUAAAAAUGUUAUAGUGGAGUUUCUUUAGAUACACAUGCUUGCAGUGGUGUUUCUAGGUGGAAUAAAACAAUGGUGUAAGCCCAACGGCAAAUUUCAUAGUGCUUCCCAUGUGUAAUAACACUGACACCAAAUCUUUGAAUGAACUAUCAGUUUUAUAUACCUUACUUUCUUUAUAUAUACACCUGCUGUUCAAACCCCAAGCUACAAUGUGUUGUCUAAUCCAGUUUCAUUAUACCUGUCACUCGCAGCACCAGGCACAGAAAUGAUGUCUCUUCUGUGCUCUGCUGCACACACACACAUCUCUAGCUUCCUGGAGCCUCAUUUUGACAUCAUAUAUGACAUGGAACCCUUCCAUUGGUCUUCCUUUGUUAUGUCAGUAUAUGUGGCGAUUUUUAUCACGUAUACAUACUUGUGAUAUCAUUACAUAGUUACAUAGUUACAUAGCUGAAAAGAGACUUGCGUCCAUCAAGUUCAGCCUUCCUCACAUUUUGUUUUUUGCUGUUGAUCCAAAAGAAGGCAAAAAAAACAGUUUGAAGCACAAUUUUGCAACAAGCUAGGAAAAAAAAUUCAUUCUUGACCCCAGAAUGGCAGUCAGAUUUAUCCUUGGAUCAAGCAGUUAUUACCCUACAUUGAAAGAUUAUAUUCUUGAAUAUUCUGUUUUUGUAAGUAUGCAUCUAGUAACUGUUUGAACAUCUGUAUGGACUCUGAUAAAACCACUUCUUCAGGCAGAGAGUUCCACAUCCUUAUUGUUCUUACAGUAAAAAAAACCUUUCCUUUGCCUUAGACGAAAUCUUCUUUCUUCUAGUCUAAACGCAUGACCUCAUGUCCUAUGUAAAGUCCGGUUUGUGAAUAGAUUUCCACACAAUGGUUUUCUGUAACCAAUCACAACCCAGUAUAAGGUAUAUAUACUUCCUGCUUGUCCUUGUUUCCUUGCCCUGUGGUGGCUCAGGUGGCAGCCCUGUCCUGUUUCCUCUUCUGCUUUUGCUAUUCACCUCACUUCUCCUCUGUGUUACAGUGGGGAUCCAGCUCUGUGCAGAGGGUUCAUUAAUCAAGACACUUCCACAGACCUUUCCUUCUGACAGAGCCAAGAUUGACUUUAUCAUGAAUUUACUGGAAUGGAAGGCUCUGGCAUGGAUCAAUCCUUUAUGGGAAUGGGAUGAUCCACUUACUUUUAAUUUUUCCAGUUUCAUGGCGACAUUUAAGCAUAUAUUUAGUCCUCCCGGCAGAGCCAGGAAUUCUGGUAGGAAACCUAUGAGAGCUAAACAAGGCUUUAGGUCAAUAGCAGAGUAUGCUAUAGAAUUCUGUACUCUGGCUUCUCAGAGCAAUUGGACCAACAGUGUGUUGGUCUGUACAUUUGAGGUCACUGCAAGGUACUUUCCAUAGGGCUUAGAAGAUCUCUAUCACGUUCAUGUCUGACAUAGAUAAUAGAUUACGUGAGAGAAAUGCCACUAAAGAAAAUGUACACAUGCCGAUGCUUAAAUUGGACUCUAAAAUAGUAUAUGCCAACCUCCUACCUCGCUGGCUGGGUACCAGGAGCGAGUCACCUAUACCUCAUCCCUUUGCUGUAUGAGAACCACAUCGACGUAAAACAUAUGACAAACUAUAGUAUCUUAUGGUAGCAACCCCUUAUAAUAUUCUGCCUAUACAAAAAGUGUUAUGCCGCUCAAUUGUAUCUGCUUGUACUCAAUUGUAUCUAACUGUAUCCAAACGUAUUCACAACACAUUGUACCAUCAACGACCCCCUCCAUUCCCCCCCUUUUCUGUUUCUGUACCCUAAACCCUACCUUUAUAUGAAGAAGAAAUAAAGCAUUUCAAAUGAGAAAAAUAAAAUUACUUCUGUUUUCUUUUCCAGAACCUUCUACUGAAUAACUUUCUGAACUCAUGUAAUUAGGCCUCACUAAGCUCACAGACGCUUAGAAACCUUUUAGAUGUGAUCUCUGUAUUUCUAAUGUGUUUCAUACAACCCUUUUGAAACCAUUGCUGUGCAACCGGUUUACUUCAAUGACUUCUGCUCCUGUUCUGAUUGGUGGAGAGGAAGAACACGAGAUCCAGAAACUUCCCAGUUUUCUAGGGGUUCCGUCCAGUACUUACUACAGUGGAUGGGUUACGGCUCGGAAGAACAUUCUUAGGUUCUGGCAUCUGAUAUCCAUGCUCCGAUCCUUCUUCGUAAAUUCCAUGCAAGGUUUCUUUCACAUCCUUGUCUUAGAGGGAGGUGAUCCUGGAGGGGGGGGGGGAUAAUGUCACAAUACCUAUCCCUCGCUGCGCCGUGCAAUCACACAAAUGAUGUCUCUUCUGUGCUUUGAUGCACACUCAUACUUGGCAUCCAGGUGCCUCAUUGUGACAUCAUAUAUGACAUGGAACCCUUCCGUUGGUCUCCUUUUAUAAUGUCAGUCUAUGUGGCACUUGAUGAUGUAAACACACUUAUGACAUCAUAGUACUCUGUAACCAAUCACAACCCAGUAUAAGGUAUAUAUACUUCCUGCUUGUCCUUGUUUCCUUAUCCUGUCGUGGCUCUUGUUGCCUGAGAGUGGGGAUGAAAAGAGUCCAUCAAGUUCAGUCUUUCUCACAUCAGUUUUUGCUGUUAAUCCAAAAGAAGGCGAAAUUCCAGUUUGAAGCACUUUCCAAUUUUGCAACAAACUAGGAAAAAAUCCCAGAAUUGCAGUCAGAUCUCUCCUUUGAACAAUAAGCUGUUAUUUCACAUAUUAAAAAUUAUAUCGGUGAAUAUUAAGUGCUUACAAGUUAUCAUUAAUUUGCUGUUUAAACAUCUGUACAAACACUGAUAAAACCACCUCUUCAGGCAGAGAAUUCCACAUACUUGUUGUUACUGUAAAAAAACAACAACUUUAUUUUACCUACGACUAAAUCUCCUUUCUUCCAGCCUAAAUGGGUGACCUUGUGUCCUAUGUAUAAUUCUGUUUAUGAAUAGCUUUCCAGUGAAUGGUUUAUUGGAAUAUAUUUGGAAUGCUGUUUUUCUAAACUAAAUACACAUUUCAAUUUGUUAAUCUUUCUGUUGUUUCUCCUUGUUUCUCUACUUACAUAUAGUUGUCGUCUUCUCUCACUAUUUCAGACUAACUCUCUGAGUGUUCCCUGCCUGUUUGUAUACCACUGACAAAUUUGUGUUCAAGCUUUUCGCAAAACAUCCAAAUUCUAGGUCACAAAAAGUCCUACUCACUCCUACCUCCAAUCCACAAGGUUCUGACCUUGAAGACAAUUUAUUUUUAUCCACCCCCAUUCUUAUCCAGUUAUGUUGCAAGCCUCCCCCACAAGAGAAGCUACAGAGUUUGUGCCUCCCUAAGUAGCAAAGGCAUUCAUUUUAUUCUUGCCUACCCAGCCACUCUCCACUUUCGAAUAGCAUGAAGAUCCUUUGCUUCAACCCCAUCCUUCCUGAUUAGAAUAAUGUUGCUGAAGCAUCUCCAUCACCUAGGGUUCCAACCAAAAAUGUGUGACUUUAUUUUGUCACUUCAUUCUUGGUGUUUGCCAGUUUUGUAUAUAGUUGGGACUUUGCAGUCAUAGUUUUUAUUAUGCCACAAAGUCAGUCCUUCUGUUUGCUACCAGAGUACUUUUCCAUCUUGAAAUGGGACGGGUCGAGGGCCUAUGCAACUAUUUCAUACCAUCACUUACUCUGUCUGAAACAAUGAGCUGGAUAAUAGUUCUUCACUAACCGUGCCCUUAACUUUUACAUUGGAGCCCCUAACUGGAAUGGAGCCAAUGCUCCAAUCAAGAGGACAACAAUCCUUGCCUAUCUACAGACCUGACAAACUCAUAUUACUUUAAGAAGCACAUUGGUUGAAAAACUCUACUUCAACCUUUUUAAAGGCUUUGGUCUUCAAGCUUGCAUCAGUGCAAAUUACAAUUACAUGUCAAAUUGGUGGACAGUAUAUAUCCUUUUAAAAAUAGUUAUGCAAGAUCUCAAUGUCCGUAAACACAUAAAAAUGUACUUAUAUCGCCACUGGCAUUUUAGUGUCACUGUUCUGGAAAUGUGAUGGUCUCUAUAGAUAAAGUGCUUGACAAAGACAUCUAACAUUGUCAGGUCCUCUUGAUGGUGGAAUAAAGAAUGUCUUUUUGAAAGAAUAACUCUUAGUUUUGGAAUUACUGUUGAUGUUGUGACUCAAUUUAUUUGCGUGCUGUGUUUUGGGUCUAUGUACAAAGAGAAUCGUAUCGGACACAUUCUUGCUAGUCUUCUUAUUAUUACUUCUCGCUCUGUAUAGUAGUAAAAUAUUCUUCUUAUUUUUUUAGUGUGGCUUCAAUGGUUGCGAGCGUGCUGUCUGUGGAAAUAAAGAAAGGAAAGCUCCCACUUUGGCCUGAAUGGAAUGAGGCAGAUAUAAAUUCUGAGAAGUGGGAAAUGGGAAAAGCUGGAAAAGAGAAAGAUAAACCUGGAAAAAGCCCAGCACUAGUAAGUUGGAUUGAGAAAAGCUCCCACGUGCUCAUAGCAAUAUAUUUACAGUGAAAUAAAUAAAAUUGUCUGAUAGUAAUAUCUGUGUAUUGGGUAAUGGUAACAAUAUACAAUUUAUCUGCAUACACAGCAAAUUGUAGCUAGCAAUUGUUAUUUUUGAUUUACUUAUUGUUGCAUGAAAAAUGGAAGUGAUAGCUUAAAUAGACAGAAUGAAUAAUAGAAUAUCAGGCUUGUUGAGUAAGACAAAUUAUCACUUUGCCAAUAGAUUUACAAAAAAGAUAGGUGCAAAUUAAAUAAGCUUUGAAGCAGACGCCUUCACAUGCAAAUUAUUAAAAACGAUUUUUUUUUAAAGGUUCAUACAAUGUAAUAUUUAAUAUUAGAUCAACAACUAGAUUGUCACAACAACAAUCAUUACACAGGCAUAUAGACAAAGUUAUAUUAAAGGUAUACGCACAAAAGUUAUACGUAUUCAUCAAGCCGCAUAGAAUUAUAACAGCAAUCCUGGAAUCAUGGAAAUCGUAUACUUCAUUAAGUGAGGUAUCUUAUUGAAGAUGAACUUAAAGGGAUACUAUAAGUGUCAGAAAUAAAAAGCUGUAUUUCUGGCACUAGCAUAUAAAUUAACUGUACAUAUAUGACCCAUAUAAAGUAACAAUAAGGCAUUAAUCCUUAACCGCCACGAGUCUUAGAGAUUGGGCAUCUCUGAGCCUUUUCAGUAACUUUUCACUCCUUGGUCAUUUUCCUAUACCUUUUCUUCCCCUUUAUCUCCAUCUCUCUAUAUAGCUUUAUUAUUCUUUGUUAUGAUUAGCCUUAUUUGAAUAUUUUAUUUUAAUGCCAAUUUUACAUUGUGAACUUAGAUAUGAUUGAUAUUGCUAAGAAAACAAACAAAAUAUUUUAAUAAAUGAUUGGUGAUGUAUUGUUUAGCAAAGUAUCACUUUUUAACAAAAUAUUCCCUAUCAAUAAUACUGUAUCAACCCUACAGCAUUUUUUUGAGGAUCCUGAAGGAAAGAUUGAACUACCAUCCCAAUUAAAGAUUCAUUCAUGGAAGAGGCCAUAUGAAGUCUUUACAAACACAGUAAGAUAUGCUUCUUCUUCCUUAUUCUGUUUUCAUCAACAAGAGCGCCAGUAGCCGAAAUGAUUAUAGGGAGGACAAAGGUAAAAUACAAGGCAUAUACCUUAUGGUCAAUUAUAUCCCUGGAGAUAGUUGGAACAAAAUCUGUCAGAGAACACUAACUGGCCUAAGCAAGCUCUCUUUUUAUUGCACAUUUAUAUAAAAGCAAUAAAGGUGCUCUGAUAAUUGCAGGUUAAAGGACGUUCUUACCAUAACCUGUGUACUUCUAAACUGUGGAUUUCUGUCUUUGUGAAUGCAGUGCUUCUUGCAUCUACUCAUGAGUUAAAUAACAGGUACAGUAACAGACAGCUUUAUUUUAAUUUCAAAGUGGGAAUUCUAGCUAAAGAGAAACAUUUGCAAGAUAUUUACCAGCAAUGGCUAAUUUUGGCACUGUAGUAAUUUUUUUUUUUUUAUGCUUAACACAGCUUCUGACAUAACGACUCAUGUGAUUUCUUAAUUCAGCUUUGUGAUGGGCACAUUUGUUUUUUUUUAUUGUCCUACCCCCUGACUCUUUUUCUCAUCCUAGCCCCCAAUGUUUUUUUAUUAAUCUAUGCGCCCCACUUUUUACCUUGUAAAUAUGCUUAGUUUAUGCAAUUCCGAUCUCAUGCAUGCCAUAAGCAGUGAAACACAGAUGCGUCUCAUAAGAAUGGAGCAUAGAUAAUUAUUCUGUGAAGAUUUUACUAGACAAAAGAAGUGGAGGUUGAUUAAGCUCCACCCUUUGUCAUAUUUUGUCAAGCAGAGUAAAAAUACAUCAGGCAACAUAGUCUCUACUAUGUCUUAUGUAUUUUAAGAAAAAUAGAAGCGAAAGGAAGAAUGAACUGGAAGACAGGAAGAAAGGGAAUAAUCUAUUGAAGAGCCUAUUUAAGAAAAGUACACUGCUUUAAUCAAGCUUUCUACUUUAACAUGAUUCAAAAUAAUAUAUAAUAAACAGUCUACCAGCUGGCAGAGUAAAAUAGGAAAUACACUUUAAUAAACAUCGGCAUUGCUCAGUGAAUGAACAUGUUUGAAAUAUAGCCUAUGGAGUAAACAAAAUGGAGUUGUAACAAGACUUGUAUAUUUGGUUUCAACGAAUUGUGAUUCUUCUGAAUUUUCUGUGAUCAGUGGAUCAUCUAAUAUUUCAAAAUGAGGGGGACCUACACGAUCAGUGUCUGGAAUAUAUAUAUUUAUACUAUGAAUAAAGAUUUUCUUGUUCUCCCUCUUUUUUCCGCUAUUGGAUAUUUUUUCUCACUUGAUCUGUGAACCAAAUGGUGCAAAAAAUGCUACAUACAGGGUUACUUACUAGUAAGAAUUCCAAGGGAAAUUCAAAUUUUAGGUGAAAAUAUUUGAAUUGGACAGUACAGCAUCAACUGAUCAAUCUCAGCUAUGCUUCCAGUUCAUCUACUGUGGCCUGAAAUUUGAAAUUCUCUUUUGAAUUCACUUGGAAUUCUCAAUUUAGUGAAUAACCUUGUUAAUAUUUAUAUUUUGCAGUACACUGAUUGUCCAAUUUUUUUUUUGCAUCUUUUUGGUUUGUCUGAAUUCUUUUUCCUGAAGCGAUCAUAUAGAGGAAAUUCAUCUGCAUCGAAAUUCCAUAUGAAUGAAUCCCGAAUCACCUCAAACCAGUGGCGUAUAUACCGGGAUCGCAGGGGCCGCAGCUGCGACCGGGCCCAGCCCACCAGGGGGCCCAGCCGCCCUGCGACCCUGUAUAUACCCACUGUGGCCAGCCUCUUCUUCUGGGGGGCCCAGGAGUUGACCACCUCAGGGCCCCCUGAGGCUGGCCCUGGUAUCACCAGGCGGGUAGGCUGGCGGGCACGCGAGGGAGCACUGUACCCUGUGUGCUCCCUCUUCAGCUCCCUCGCGCACCGCACUGAUACCGGAGCCGGAAGACGUCAUCUUCCAGCUCCUGCAUCAGUACGUGGUGCGCGAGGGAGCUGAAGAGGGAGCACACAGGGGACAGUGCUUCCUCGCACGCCAGCCUGCCCGCCCGGUAACCGGCCGCCCAGCAGCACCACUGGACCCCAGGGAAUCCCCUCAGCACUCCAAAAGGUAAGGAGGCUGGGGGAUUAAAUUUAAAAAAAAAACCAUGUGUGUGUUUGUGUUAGUGUGUGUGUUAGUGUGUGUGUCUGCUAGUGAGUGUCAGUGAGUGUGUCUGUUAUUGAGUGUGUGUCUGCUAGUGAGUGUCAGUGAGUGUGUUACUGUGUGUCUGUUACUAAGUGUGUUUGUGUGUGUCUGUUAGUGAGUCUGUUUGAUGUCUGUUAGUGAGUGUGUGUUUGUCAGUGAGAGUGUAUGUUUUGUGAGUGUGUAUGUAUGUCUGUCGCUGAGUGUGUCUCUGUCAGUAAAUGUGUGUGUCUGUUAGCUAGUGUGUAUGCGUCUGUUCGUGAGAGUGUGUGUCUUCAGCACUUACCUUUCUCCAGCGCCGGACUCCCUUGUCGCUGGGGAUCCCUCCGCCUCUCAGCUCCGAAUGCGCGGCAAGAGCGGUGCGCGCAUUCAAACCGCCCAUAGGAAAGCAUUACUCAAUGGGGGUGUGCAUGGAUCAAUUUUCGCACCGGGGCCCCAUGGGUCAUGUGUACGCCACUGCCUCAAACAAAAUGUAUUUUCAGGCAAAUCGAUUUGGACAAACCAAAUGUUUUAACCAUGCACAAGUGUACUUGUAAUCCAUUUAAAUUAUUAUAACAAAGGUUAUAGUAUUGAUAACGUUUACUACUUGAACCAAGUGAUAAUAGUGUACUAAAGUAUCAAAAGCAAUUUCAAUACUGUUCUUUCUCAGACUUUCUUCUCUGAUGAAGUUCUACUCUGUUUUACCAAAAUGUUUCUGCUCUCUGUGACUCAGUACCAGUGUAGAUUGUAAUCUAUUUUCCAACGACUUAGAAUGUUUGUGCAAAUACAUCAAUGCAUAUUUACUUUAUUCCAUGCACCAUUAACCGUAAUAAUAAUAAUAAUAAUGAUGGCUUCCAUCGCUGUCAAAUUCCUAGCAUGGCUGUCUUUGAAGUGGAUCUGACAAACUUAGAGGAUGUGGGUGGUAUCCUCAAUCACACUUGGUUUUUCUUUCUUUUAGAAAGAAAAUAAUGGCAUUCAAUCUUCAUUGUAAUUUCACAAGGCAUACUGUGUUAUUACCAUUAGAGGUGUCCUGCAAAUCACUUCACCUUUUUUGAUGAAUGAAAUGCAUGGUCUCCCCAUUCAUGUUAUAAUAUAAAUUGUUAUUGCGUAGUUCACAGCUUGAAAACGUACAGCAUUGUCAAGAAAAAAACAUUCAAAAUCCCAUUUUGUUGUUCAUUUGACAGAGGAUCAGAAAAUUGGAACACAUAUGUGAAACCCAGUCUUGGCAAGGGAGAUCUAUAAGCGGCGUAGAUUCUCCACACAAUUAGAAGAUAUUCUGUAAAAAAUAUGAGAGUGUGUCCCAACACCUCCCAUGGUUUAUCUCCAUCUCCCACUCCGCUUCUCCCUCCUGAUGCAGAACCGGUGCAUGCCUCCUGGGGUUUCCCGAAUCACCUCAAACCAGUGGCGUAUAUACCGGGAUCGCAGGGGCCGCAGCUGCGACCGGGCCCAGCCCACCAGGGGGCCCAGCCGCCCUGCGACCCUGUAUAUACCCACUGUGGCCAGCCUCUUCUUCUGGGGGGCCCAGGAGUUGACCACCUCAGGGCCCCCUGAGGCUGGCCCUGGUAUCACCAGGCGGGUAGGCUGGCGGGCACGCGAGGGAGCACUGUACCCUGUGUGCUCCCUCUUCAGCUCCCUCGCGCACCGCACUGAUACCGGAGCCGGAAGACGUCAUCUUCCAGCUCCUGCAUCAGUACGUGGUGCGCGAGGGAGCUGAAGAGGGAGCACACAGGGGACAGUGCUUCCUCGCACGCCAGCCUGCCCGCCCGGUAACCGGCCGCCCAGCAGCACCACUGGACCCCAGGGAAUCCCCUCAGCACUCCAAAAGGUAAGGAGGCUGGGGGAUUAAAUUUAAAAAAAAAACCAUGUGUGUGUUUGUGUUAGUGUGUGUGUUAGUGUGUGUGUCUGCUAGUGAGUGUCAGUGAGUGUGUCUGUUAUUGAGUGUGUGUCUGCUAGUGAGUGUCAGUGAGUGUGUUACUGUGUGUCUGUUACUAAGUGUGUUUGUGUGUGUCUGUUAGUGAGUCUGAUGUCUGUUAGUGAGUGUGUGUUUGUCAGUGAGAGUGUAUGUUUUGUGAGUGUGUAUGUAUGUCUGUCGCUGAGUGUGUCUCUGUCAGUAAAUGUGUGUGUCUGUUAGCUAGUGUGUAUGCGUCUGUUCGUGAGAGUGUGUGUCUUCAGCACUUACCUUUCUCCAGCGCCGGACUCCCUUGUCGCUGGGGAUCCCUCCGCCUCUCAGCUCCGAAUGCGCGGCAAGAGCGGUGCGCGCAUUCAAACCGCCCAUAGGAAAGCAUUACUCAAUGGGGGUGUGCAUGGAUCAAUUUUCGCACCGGGGCCCCAUGGGUCAUGUGUACGCCACUGCCUCAAACAAAAUGUAUUUUCAGGCAAAUCGAUUUGGACAAACCAAAUGUUUUAACCAUGCACAAGUGUACUUGUAAUCCAUUUAAAUUAUUAUAACAAAGGUUAUAGUAUUGAUAACGUUUACUACUUGAACCAAGUGAUAAUAGUGUACUAAAGUAUCAAAAGCAAUUUCAAUACUGUUCUUUCUCAGACUUUCUUCUCUGAUGAAGUUCUACUCUGUUUUACCAAAAUGUUUCUGCUCUCUGUGACUCAGUACCAGUGUAGAUUGUAAUCUAUUUUCCAACGACUUAGAAUGUUUGUGCAAAUACAUCAAUGCAUAUUUACUUUAUUCCAUGCACCAUUAACCGUAAUAAUAAUAAUAAUAAUAAUGAUGGCUUCCAUCGCUGUCAAAUUCCUAGCAUGGCUGUCUUUGAAGUGGAUCUGACAAACUUAGAGGAUGUGGGUGGUAUCCUCAAUCACACUUGGUUUUUCUUUCUUUUAGAAAGAAAAUAAUGGCAUUCAAUCUUCAUUGUAAUUUCACAAGGCAUACUGUGUUAUUACCAUUAGAGGUGUCCUGCAAAUCACUUCACCUUUUUUGAUGAAUGAAAUGCAUGGUCUCCCCAUUCAUGUUAUAAUAUAAAUUGUUAUUGCGUAGUUCACAGCUUGAAAACGUACAGCAUUGUCAAGAAAAAAACAUUCAAAAUCCCAUUUUGUUGUUCAUUUGACAGAGGAUCAGAAAAUUGGAACACAUAUGUGAAACCCAGUCUUGGCAAGGGAGAUCUAUAAGCGGCGUAGAUUCUCCACACAAUUAGAAGAUAUUCUGUAAAAAAUAUGAGAGUGUGUCCCAACACCUCCCAUGGUUUAUCUCCAUCUCCCACUCCGCUUCUCCCUCCUGAUGCAGAACCGGUGCAUGCCUCCUGGGGUUUCGGCACAACUAAUUUGAACUGAUAGUGAACCUACUUCCCUACUUCAAUGGUUGUACUGCAAUCUCCUCGAGGCUCGCAAAUUGGCAGAGAGGGGCUUCUCCAAUUUGAUGUGGUGGGUGGAAUGGGUCUUGGCGGAUUCAGCCUUCCUAUGCGUGCGCAUGGUGGGAGGACACUCUCCAGGGUGGUGCAAGCAGAGAGAGGUAUCAGGAGCACAUGGAUGACAUGGAGAGGGUGUAUCCUCUUACACAAAUGUAACAGCCUGUCUCCUAGUUCUCAGUGCUCAGUUGUACUGCGCUUACUGUGGUGUUCACUUCAGUGUGCUUAUCCUAGUUUAAUCAGAUUUAUCUGGUAUCUGACCACCUUCUUGUCCUUUCGUUUGUGAACCUGUGCUGCCUGUCCUAAAUUUUUGCUUACUCUGACUACAUCUCUAUUCAUCCUCAUUGGUGUAUUUCUCCAGCUACCUGCUACAUUCUGUGCUCCAUCCACUUUUACCAUGUAAAACAACUGAGCCUCACUCAUGGAGCUCGCUAAAGUAGUAAAGAUUCUUAAUGUUCUGACACAACAGGUAUCCACUCUAUCUCAAGCCCUACAAGAACUAUAAUGUUGUAAUUAUAGUUGUCCCCAAAUCUGGGGACCUGAGGAUCACACCAUAACCCGCGAACCUCAGGUCCUAUUACCAGAAUGAUUCACAUUGUAUAGGUCUAACCAGUACCAUUUCAGAAUUCUAUCAUCCUCUUUUCCCCUUCAUCCUGUGCACUGAUGUUUGACCUGAAACCCUGCACCUACCAUUUUGAUGCUAUCAAAGUACAUACUGUUAUAACGCUCGUUUCUGACUCCCCUUAAGAAUGGGCACUACAAAUAUUUGGUUAUGCCUUACAGCAUUUGUAAUGCUACAGCAUCUUUUCAACAGUCCCUCAAUAAAACAUUCAGAGACCUCCUGGAUCAGUAUGUCAUCUAUUUAGACAAUAUCCUUGUCUUCUCUCCCGAAAUCUAAACCCACUGUCUACAGAUGACUGAGGUACUGAAUGAUUAUGUGAACAUAAACUCUAGAAAAAGAUUGAAAAAUGCAUCUUUGAAACAGAUUGUGCGCAGUUUCUAGGUUUUCUCCUCCUCUCUGGCAAUGUAGAGAUGGAUCCUCGUAAGGUAGAAUCUUUUUUUAAGUGGCCCGUAGCACAAACCAAAAAACAAGUGCAAAAAUUUGUAUGUGUAGAUAACUUCUACCAACUUGUAUGUGUAGUUAACCUCUCGCAUAACUUACUAAAAAAGAUACGUAGUGCUGGAUGCUCCUAACACAGAAAGUGUUUGCUACAAUUAAACAUCUGUUUAAAGCACCCAACCUUCAACUGCCAGAAUCAACAAAACCCUAUUUUAUGGAGGCUGACACUUCUGAUUUUUUCACAGGAGUCAUACUAUUGCAAUGAGAUGACAAAACCGGUGCUCUUCAUCCCCUUACAUUACAUUACCAUUACAAUGUCCUGGAGAAAGAACUGUUAUAAAGUUCAAAAAUUAGAAGAAAUCCUAAAAGCGAUUCCUCUAUGGCAAGCAUGUCAAACUCAAAGUCUGGCAUGGACCACAGAAAUUUUUUUUUAAGUUUAUGUGGGCCACAAAAAAAAAAUAAACCUUAAAUUUUCAUAGAAAUGUAGGUUUAUUGUAAAAAGUACAGUAUAAGAAAAAACAGCACCCCCUCUUCUAAACCAUAGCAUCCCCCUCGACUAAAUCCCAGUCCCCCACCCUCUACCACCCUGUGCCAAAUCUGAUCCUACCGCUACUUCUUGAAAUCCUGUGAAGGUGGAGAACAUUGAUGUCACGUGGUGUUGCGUGCCUCCAUGCACCCCUAGGUACUCCACUGUCCAGUCGCAACCAAUGCAACACUGACAAACACACACACUCACUCAGACACACACACAUUUACACAUUCUUGCACUCACAUCAUUAAAUUUAUUGUUUCCUACCUUUGGGAGCUGGUGUGGGUAUUUUCUGUCUGGAGAUUUCCUUCUUGCUCCUCACUGCUCCCUCGCGCGGUUUAGUGGUGCCGGAAUAUGACGUCAUAUUCCGGUGUCGGCUUCACUGCAGAAGGCGCGUGCGAGGGAGCAGUGAGGAGCAGGAACACUGAGCUCCCUCGCUGGCCCUCCUCCCCAGCCGUGUAAGUGUUAGAGUAGGCACCUGCAAUGUGGGGAAAGCAGGUGCCUACUCUGCUAUAACACCAGGAUGUACUCAUGGCUUGCCGGGCCGCAAAGAUGGCCCUUGUGGGCCGCGAGUGUGACAUGCUUGCUCUAUGGUAUUUAAACAGAAUAAAUAUUUGCUAGUAAGGUAAUAUGGCUGUUGACACUUCGUAUGAAAUGGAUACAAAUUUAACAGCAGGAAAUAAAUAAAGUAUCCAGUGGCUCAAUAGACUUUAUUCAUCAUUCAUUAUAAGGAAUUUGGGACUGUGAGCUGAGCUCUACAAGGUUACCAUUUUUUAACACUAGGAAUACUUUAUAUCCUUGAGGUCUCAUUGACAAUGAUGAAUAAAGUCUAGUGAGCCACUGAAUACUUUAUUUAUUUUCCUGCUGUUAAAUUUGUAUCUAUUUCCUACCAAGUGUCAACAGGCAUAUUCUCCUUCUAUCAUAGAUUUAUUCUGUUUAAAUACCAGAGAGUAAUCACUUUUAAGAUUUCUUCUAUUUUUUUUUUUUUACUUUAUUGCAGUUCAAAGUGGUCCAGGCCCACGGUGGAACUGGUUCCACCAACACUGACCAAUUUUUUUCCUUACUCUGAAUUUUUCAGAUUCAAGAACUUUUCUUUUUAUUUGAAAAUAAUGUUUAGCCUUUGUGAUGGACCGCUUGGCACUCCAGCCGAGUUCCUCCGCCAAUCGAUGCUCCUAGUGCUCACCGAGGAAUUCCAGCACUCUACCAGACACCAUAAGCACUGCAGACCCAACGUCCAGCGAUGCAGCUGCGCCGGGCCUCGCCGUCCUUCACCCACUCUGGACUCAAGACCAGGAUCCAGCUUCAAGUGGGCAGACCUCUCCUACUCCCAGAGAGCGUAGCAGGAACAGCUCUUAUAAGAGCUAGUGAUUAUAAUUCCUGGGGAGUAUAGUGAUCUAGCAAUCCCCAGGAUACAUACAGCCGUUUUCCCUACACAUGACAUGAGACUCUAUGUUGAGGGUAAGCAGGAACAGAAUUUUAAUGGAGGCACACUGGCCUUUUAUGCAAGUUUCCCAACAAGGGUGACACCCAAUUGGACCUUGUUGGACACAGGGACACAAAGUGAACAAACCAAUAAAAACAGAGUCACACAGUGAGACACUCCCAUACACAAACAAAAGAAUCCCUGCUCUGUGCUUGGGAGAUAAUUGAAUCAGGAACUGUACUAAUCUAACCCAAUUAUCUCCAAGCACAGAAAAACAUACAAUUUUAUGAAACCCAAAAAGUACCUUGAAAACACAUAAAACCCUAUAACACACAUAAUCCACUGAUAGCUCCAAACUGGGUGAACAACAUAUCCAAAAAUCACCCAGAUCGGUUCAGUGGUUCGGGAAUUUCCUGGAAGUCAUAGUUUUGACCGACCGUGCCCAAAACAGUUCCAGGGAAAUCAGUGCUAACAGUCGGUCAAGUUUGGUAGUCUUUUACAGGUUCCCUGCAGGGCCAAUAGUCUGUGGGCAGGAGGCUGGCAAGCAGGCCCCUCCAAGUACAAGUGGUGAGGUUACUUUUGCCACAGCCUUGAAAAGAGCUUUUGAAGAAUGGAGACAUCUCCUGGAGGGUUCUCAUUAUCAAAUCACCGUUUUACAGACCACAUUGCCACACAUCUCAACCCACACCAGGCUUGUUGUUCCUUGUUUUUCUCUCGGCUCAUCUUUCAUGUCACAUAACGAAUCGGAUGCUCUUUUCAAAAUGUUUACAGACAAUGAACCUAAACCCCAAAAGGAAGGCAGAUACUAUUCUGCAAAAUCAUCACUUUUUGAGAAUCAUCGUGCCUGUCUUGAAAAACAUUUGAGCCUCUGUUUCUUCCACUUGCCUAUCACUCUCUCUAGACGAAUACCCAUUAUCACUUGAUAAAAGUUAUGUAAACAAAACUCUUUGUCUCUAAAUUCUUUAGCAAUUUCAUGAUGCACCCAGGUCUGGCCAUGAUGGUUAAAAAAAAUAAAAAAAACUCUUUAUAACAUCCAACUUCUGGUGGCCAUCCCUCAAAAAGGAUGUCGUUGACUACAUUAGCUCCUGUACAAACUGUGCAAGAGCAAAAACCACAACCACAAAACCGUCAGGACAACCCCUGACGAUACCAUCACGUCCCUGGAGUCAUCUCACUGUUGACUUUAUUGUCGAAUUACCUAAUUUUCAAUGAUAUAACACCCUCAUGGUUGUGGUUGAUAUGUUGACCAAAAAUUCCCAACAGCAAAACAAACCACCCCUUUUUCAUAACAAUAUCUUCUGGCUACAUGGUAUUCAUGACUCCAUUCUCUCUGACUGGAAUACACAGUUCACGUUAGACAUGUGCAGGGGUGGGGGCCAGGGGGGAGGACAUUAGGGACCCCCCCUUAUUAGUAUUUAUGCCCCCCACCCGCCGCUCAGGGGUGGGGGACAGGAGGGAGGACAUUAGAUUCCCCCCCUUAUUAGUAUUUAGGGCCCCCACCCGCCGCUCAGGGGUGGGGGCCAGGGGGGAGGACAUUAGGUCCCCCCCUUAUUAGUAUUUAGGGCCCCCACCCACCGCUCAGGGGUGGGGCUGGGGGAGGACAAUAGGUCCCCCCCCCCAUCAUUUUACUUUACGGCCCCCACCCACGUCACGUUUAGGGGCUCGGGAGGGGGGACCCUAUUAAAAAAAAAAAAAAAAAAAUUUUUAACAGUGAGCAGCCACAGGCUUUAUAAUAGACAUGUCCCUACUCGCGGUAUAGCGAGUAGGGGCAAAAUUUACUAAUACUAAGUAAUUUUUACUUAGUAUUAGUAAAUUUGGCUGAAAUUAGGGAGUUAUCUACUAAGCGGCUGCAAGAGAAGUGCCUAAGUCCUGAAAUUCCGAAGUUUCGAAGUGUUGAAUUGCUGAAGUCCCGAAUUUCGGAAUGCCGAACCGAACCGAAAAUUUUCCCCAUGCACAUGCCUAGUUCACGUCCGAAUUCUGGAAAGCCUUUUGUCAGUCACUAAGAAUCUCAGUGGACUUGUCUAUCGCCUUCCACCCUCAAUCCAAUGGAAAAACUCAGAGAAUCAAUCAAACAUUAGAAACCUAUCUCCGUUGUUAUACCACCCACUUCAGUCCGACUGGAAGGACCUUUUGACCACAGCCGAAUUUGCCUACACCUACAGAGUACAUGACUCAACCAAUACCUCCAGUUUCUAACUGACUUAUGGAUUCCAACCUUCUACACUUCCUGGACUACCCAUGCUUACUUUUGUACCCGAUGUGACCACUCGCAUACAACAGUUAACACACGGCUUUCAACAAGCUCGUAAAAUUUUACAGGAGAGUCAAAGCUACGUGAAUCAUAGCAGAUGAACACCUCCAGUUUAUCAAGUUGAUCAAAAAGUCUGGUAAUUAACUAAAUAUCUGUCUAUUCAAAGAAUUGUGUACCAAAUACAACCGUCCCUUCCAUAUAAAGAAACUUUAAAAACUUGUUGCGGUUCAACUAGAACUGCCGAGUCAGUAUCGUCUCCAUCCAUCAUGCCACGUCUCACUGAUCAAGCCUUACAAAGAGAAUCCAUUUCCUGCCAGCAACCCUCCUCCUCCGGAUCCUAUUACGCUAUCUGAUGGCCCUGAAUAUGAGGUGCAGGACAUCUUGGACUCCAGGUUGAGAAGAGGAAUACCUUAUUCUUUGGAAAGGGUAUGGUCCAGAAGAAAGCUCCUAGGAAACUGUGAUGAAUGUAUCCCUGUUUUGUUAAACAUUUCCAUUUACGUCAUCCCUCUCGGCCAGCUCAUAGAUGUCUCCAAAGAAGACUCUUUAGGGAGGGGAUACUGUCAGGUCCCCACCUCCCCCGACUUACUUCGAUAUCUCACUCUACCUUUGCAGAGCUGUUGACUCGGUGUGUUCCUUCAGGGGGAUUCAGCCCAACUCAUUAGCGGUGCUACAAUUUCUUCACGAACUGGCAGACAGGGGUUUCUCCAGUACAGUGUGGUGAGUGGGCUUGGUCUUGGACAGAUUCAGCCUUCCUAGGCAUGGCACAUCAGGAAGGCACCCUCUUAAGGGGUCAGGGUAUCACUAGCAGUUUGAUUACACUGUUAAAGCAAAUGCUUGCUGAAAAUGACAACAGAGUCAAAAGUGAUUUAACUCCUAAAUGACAGAUAAUUGCACAGGGUAUAGGUAAAUAAGGGAGUCAACAAUCCUGGUUACUUAAAAGUUAUUAGGAGUCAUGUUAAAUCUCACUUCCUGUUUUGUAAAGUAGUAAUUUAAUUUAAGAAAAUGUGCACUGAUAUAUUGCACAUCAGAACAUUUUCAUAUUUAUAUUUCUCAAUUUAAGUUUCUUUAAGGACAAUGUAUUGUCUUCUCAAAUGGCAGUAAAUUAAGGGAAUUUAAGGCAAAUGUAAAACACCAAGUUAGCCUGAGUAUUGAUAUAUACAUUUCAUAAUGAUUUGUCCUAUACUAUGAAAUGCAACCUUUCAUUUAGACGUCUUCACACUUUAGUCAGAAACCUUGAAUAAAAAGCUCAAUAAAAGAACAUCAUGCUGCAAACAUGUGUCAAACACAAACAGCAUACCUAUCAAGGAAUUGAUUGUAUUAUGUUUUGUAAUCCUGUAAUUGCCACAUCCUGUAAAUGUGACUUGAAACACAUUGUACCAGAAUGAAUAACGUAAUCAAUAAGUAGUUAUAGUACCCUAAGCUGCUUUUCAACACAUCAUCCUGCAAUUGGCACAGGUCACGUCAAAAAUAAAUUCACUGUGCUUGUUUUCAAGUUCUAAAACUACUGAUGAAGUUCUAUGACAGGAAAUCAAAUGUCUACAAGACAAUACAUUUCAAUUAGUACAAACUUGCACAUUUGUGUUUGUGUGUUAGGGGUCCUCUGUAUUUUUUGUGUGUAAAUUAUUUAUUUAUUUUAACAAAAUUUUUCAUUUGAUUUAAGAAAAUAUGAUCUGAUAUAUGUGUGUGUAUAUACAAUUCUAUGGUUUACAUUCCAGGACAUAACAUCUAUUCCUUAGAAGAUCUUAAAAUUAGGUAAAUACUACCUCAGAUGAACAACACAUGACAUAUUACAAUGUAUCAUGAUUUAUUUAACACAAAUAAAGCCAAAACAGAGAAGCCAUAUGUAAAAAACCAAAGUACACCUUAUGAUUCAGUAGCUUCUAGAACCUCCCUUAGCAGCAAUAACUUGAAAUAAUUCUUUUUUGUAUAACUUAAUCAGUGUCUCACAUCGUUUUGAAUGAAUUUUGGCCCAUUCUUCUUUACAACGUUGCUUCAGUUCGUUGAGGUUUGCUGGCAUUCGACACAGCAUUUCAAUCAGGUUGAUAUCUGGCCUUUGACUGGGCCAUUGCAACACCUUGAUUUUUUUUUUUUUUUUCAGCCAUUCUGUUGGAGUUUUGACUAAUUAACAGAGAUAUGGAAACAUCAGUAUAUUCACUUCAAGCAACACUUUAAGCACCAUAACCAAUACAACGUACUAUGCAUUAUGGUGUUAUGGUGCCUGAUGCCCCUCUAAUGUUAGUGAUCAAACCGCUUGACAUCUUACCUGGUUUCCACUGGGCGCCAGUCCCUGCCUCUGCCACUGUCUGAAUCUCUCUUCCUGAGCUAAGCCUGACACAGUUAUUGCCUUAGUGAUGAGCUGACAUUCUUAGCUAAUGAGGUGCCCGGCAGAGUUUCUCCGGAGAGCUAACAAAAGGCUCUAUCAUUAGAUAUCGGUCUCCAGACAGGGUAGGGAGAGAGAGGGACUGACAUCCAGAGUACCCCAGAUAAGAAGUCAGUUAGCAAAUGGUUUGACCACUUACUUUAGGGAGGUUGCAAGGAGGGGGGCCACUCCAGGCUCCAUAACAACUACUGCAUGCUGUAGUAGGUAUGAUGUUUGGAUUGUUGCUUUUAAUGUGCCUAAUAAAAUUAGGUGAACCAGUUAGAUUUUUGAUUCAACCCAGAUAGCUGACUCUUAUUACUAAUAACAUUCUUAUAUCAUUUUAGCUUCCUGUGGUUAUGAAAGAUGAACACUCAUGUGAUCUGUUUACAGCAAAUGAACACCUAAUUGGAAGCGAGGUUGGUAUAAUUUUAUUCAGAAAUUAACUUUACAAUGAGCAUAAUCUCAUUUUAGCAGGAUUCUCAAUAACCUCUCGUUGCUUGUUAACACUUGUAAUAGAUUAUUUAUUAGUUAUUUUCUGCUAUACUCCCUCAUUAAAAUUGUAAAGUGCUGUGAACUAUACUGGCUCUGCAUAAAUUUCAAUAAUAAUAAUAGUACAAUCGCACAAAGUGCAUACUUGAAAUUUUGAGAUUUAGCUCAAGGGAAUUCUGGGAAAUUGAGAAUUUUUAGAGCAAAUGUCCAAACUUGGAAAGUUUUACUAAAUCCGCAAUUUUCCACCGCAUAGCCAAUAAAUUUAAUUGGUUUAUCACUGAAAUAAGCAAGUAAAUACUUUUUUUAACCACGCAGACAUCAAAGAAUUCAGACCUAUCAUUUAUUUUAAAAAUUUUAAACCCAUUUGUACUUUCUACUAAAAGGUUACUUUCUUAUUUUUAGAUCAUGAGGCGGAUAAUAAGUGAAGUAAGUGCCGUCUGGAGAAUAUAUAACUCAAAAUUGACCAACAAAGAAACAUCACUAGAUCCACCUACAUUGGCUUGGAAGCCCUGGGAACACAUAUAUUCUCUGUGCAAAGCUGUAAAGGGACAUAUUCCUUUAUAUAACAAUUAUGGUAAAUAUGUCGUCAAGCUAUACUGGAUGGUAAGUGUGAUAUGUUUAUUCAUAAUAUUGUUACUAACAACAAUAACCUUUUUUGGAUUGAUAACUAAUGAAACCAAAAUAUUAAAAAUAUAACAACAAUCAAUUAAAAUGCUAAAGCAUCUGUUAUUCAUAUCAGAGUCUACUGUUCACAUUUAAGUAAAGUCGGUGUUGAUACAUUGGAGCUCUGUGGAGGAGGUCAACAAGCCACCAAUAAAAAUCCAGAAGUAUAGAGCCACAGGCUACCCAGUGCAGGAUGAAGAGUCAUGUAUAUUUUAUUGUGGUCCAAAAGACAAUACAAAACUCUUUGUUUUGUCUUUUGUACUAUAAUAAAAUAUACCUGACUCUUCACCCUGCACCGUGUAGCCUGUGGCUUUAUACUUCUGUAAAGUAAAAAUUGUUACCAUUAUGUCAUUAUGCUCCGUAUUAUUUGAGGAGAGAAACUACUGAGUCAGCAUGCAAAUGUAUGACCAGAUAGAAAUUUAUUACUGGUAACUGUGAUGUACUUUUCUCAUAAAUUUGAAUAGGCGACUGCUAUUCAGUUUUCAUUAGUAUUUGUGAUAACACACUUUGUAUUAUAUACAAAAUGCACAAAUAUCAAAAGGGAUUUCAGGAAGUCAAGAUCUCAAAUACUUGUUAAAUAAACAGUUCUGAACAUUUAUAGCCAUUUUGCAUUAUUAUAGAAACACAAAAAUAGCAGUUAGAAAUAAACCCACUAGAUCGGGGAUCAGCAACCUAUGGCAUGUGCGCCAUACAUUGGACUCAAGAUGCCUUUUCACAGCACCAAGGCUGCCAGAGCCAAACAGGCUCUAACCUAUCAGGAGUUGCAGUGAGACUUCAGAUAUCUGCUAAUGCGAAUGGAGUGGUGAUUGCAGGUGGUGAGGGACAACCCGUAAUUUACGCAUUGCAGCAGUUAGAGGAAGGGAUAUCAGAUCACUUCAUCACAGCACUUGUAAACGGUAAUAUGCACUGGAGUAGAGCAGUCCACAGCAUCUAUCGCAUCCAGUGGCGUCACUAGAGGGGGCCAUGGCACCCCCCACAUCAUGCAGUGUCCUCUCUUCCCCCCCUAAUUGAAAUUGAAGCGGGAGCACUGAGUCUCCCUUCACAAGCUGCAGAAGAAGCACUAUCAGUUCCACCACUGAUUACCACUUGCCUGAUGGGCCCUUUGGACCGGCGGCAGUGCACUGUGAGCACAGGCUGCUUCCUGUUCCCCUCAGAGAGCUUCUGAUUUUCACAGGCAGAGGGCAACUGGGAUACCAGGUCAUGCCCCGGCUUCCACUGCCUGCAGGAAGCAGAGUGCUCUGCUCGGUUGCUGGGGAUAUAGCACACCCUGCUCCCUGAGCAGGUAAAUGGCAGAGAGGAGCCUAGCAACUGAAUGGCUGCACUGGGGGUGGCGCUCACCCAGAGUUCCAGCCCCAGACAGCAUCAGUGCAGCCCACCAGGAAACCUCCCGGUGGGUGCCCCCCUACAGGUCGGCGCCCGAGGCAAUGCCUUAUUCGCCUUAUUGUAGCGCCGGUGUUCUAUCAGUCUGGUAUACUCCGUCAGAUUGCUAUACCCACGUCACUUCCGGGGAGGGGAAUCAGCUGUCUCCUGUGCUGCACAUGCGUGCUAGCACUCCUGCUACUCCUCCACAGCAAGGUCCUGGAAGGUAAGUAAAACUAGUUUUACACUUUCAUUAUAGUUAGUGCAUUCACUAAGCUUAGGCACACGGGACAUUUAGGGUUAAGUGAGGGUACAAAUUAGGGUUAGGUAAGUGAUUCUAACCUCUCUCACACUCUAUUCUUACCCUAACCCUUGGGGUAAGGGUUAAAAUAAAGUGUGAGAAAUCACUAUUUAGUGAUAUUCCCCUAAUGUGAAAUAUCACUAAAUAGGAACAAGUCCCUAAUCCUAACCCUAAUUUGAACCCUAACAUUAACCCUAAAUGUCCCAUGUCCUAAGCUUAGUGAAUGCCUUAACUAUAAUGAAAGUGUAAAACUAGUUUUACUUACCUUCCAGGACCUUGCUGUGGAGGAGUAGCAGGAGUGCUAGCACGCAUGUGCAGCACAGGAGACAGCUGAUUCCCCUCCCCGGAAGUGACGUGGGUAUAGCAAUCUGACGGGGUAUACCAAACUGAUAGAACACCGGCCCUGUACACACACACACAUAUAUAUAUAGUCCAUUGUAUUAUCACAUUUUUUUUUGGAGAAGAUUUGAUUUUGUAGAGGCAAAUCUUCAACUAUGCUUCCAUAUACUGCCAUAGUACUGUUUCUUUAAAACUUUUUGUGCACAUGCAGACAUUACACUGUAAUUUUUUAAGGAUAUUCUGGAUGUGCAGUGUUUGAAUUAACCCGUUCAAAGAUCACACAAACUGGUCCCUAAUUUUUUAAGUUUACUAUAGCAGUAGACUAACUGGUCCUUUAUGGAUUAAAGUGCUUGCAGAUUGCAUAUUAUCUAAAACAGUGGUUCCCAAACCUGACCUCAAGGCACCCCUACUAGUCCAGGAUUUGGGGAUUACCCGGUUGUGUCUAAGGUGUUUUUAGAAAAAAAAAAAAAAACUCCUUAGACACAACUGGGUAAUCCCUAAAUCCUGGACUGGUAGGGGUGCCUUGAAGACUGGUUUGGGAACUACUGAUCUAAAAUAAAGCAAUAACAUAAUAUUUUUUUGCAUUCUCUAGCAGUUUGGCCUGCACAAUGUAUGGAUAAAAUAUGUUGCCCUAUCACACUGAAUCUUUAAAUAUUGAAAUUUGAGAACGGUGAAACUUUAUUUAAUUUAUUAUAUAGUCAAAAGCAAGUUGCAUACAAAAUGUCAAAACACAAAUAUAUCUCUCACCAAGUAAAAACUAAAGCAAGCUUUACACAGAGAUAAAAAGUAAGGAUACAACAAUCUCCUAAACUUAUUUUAACUAAUUCUCAUCUUGGAAAAAUUCCUUUAUAAAAGAGAAAUAGAGGGUGUUUCUCUACUAAACUGUUAAUUAUGCUGGGAGUUAUAGCUCACCCUAACGCUAAAUGCAUCAAAGGUCCAGUUUAAAGUUUUUUUUUAUACCUCAUCAUCAGGCAUACAAACUGUUAACGGCUAAAACAUCUAACUUUUUACUAAUGCUGGGUUUGUUUCCAAUCUUGUCGCUACUUUAUAUUGACUAGCUGCUGCUCGCUAAAAUGUAUGUCACUACUGUUAGCGAGUAGCAGUUUAAUCAACUUCAAAACCUUACUGGCUUCAGUAGGGAGCUGCCACUUGCCACUACUUAAAGGGACACUAUAGUUACUCAGACCACUAAAACUUAUUGAGUCCCACUUAGUCCUGCGAUGUAAAUCAUUGGAGUUUUAGAUAAACUGCAAUGAUUGCAUUGCAGGACUAAGACUGCCUCUAGUGGCUGUCAAUCAGACAGCCACUAGUGCACUUCCUGUUAGCUAGGAAAAGUUUGGUGGCCUAAAUUAUGCUGAACAUCGCCACGAUCUACAUGAGGACAUCCAGCGUCUGUAAAAUCGCCGUAAGAAAGCAUUGCAGCAAUGCUUUCCUAUGGGAGGGUCUAAUGCACUUACGGCGCUCACAGCACAUGUGCAUUAGCCCCCCCUACCGCUUUGGAUGAUGUCCAAAGGUAACCAGUUGAAAAACAGUCACUGACUAGAGAUGAGUGACUUCCCUUAGAGAAAAAUGGAAGGCAUUAGUCACUACUUACUGACAGGCUGUCAGUAGCUGCAGCCAGUAGUUCCCUCCCUCUUCCUUGUUGGGAAACAUGUGCUACUUGAAACCAGUAGAAAAUGGCACUGUAAUGGGCAGUGGUUGGUCACUAAAAGCAGCAGAAGCAUUGGGAAUGAGCCCAAGGUUUGAAACAAGCCCUCUUUUUGUAUAGCAUACAUUUUACAAUUCAGUUUUCAAUUCACCACCCUUAUUGGUUUAGUAAAUACACCCCCUAUGUGUAAUCUGUUUGUCUCUGUGUUUACACGCCUGUUUAAUUUGUGAAUGCUCUGUUUAAUAAUAUAGUUUUUCAGAUGUUAUAUACAAGACAAUUAAAAGCCUUUGCAGUUGUUAAGAAUUAAUAUUAUGUUUCCACUUCACGUGGCAAAAGAUAUUUAUAUAAAUGUAGAAAUUAAAGCAAGAAAAGUCACAAAUAAAGUACAUGGGUUACAAAAUUAGUACAGACUUUCAGUACCUGUCACCCAGAGUGUUUCUGUGAGGUUUCUAAGCUGCAAUCUUUGUGACUUCCCUUCAUUUAAGUGUUCAGUAAUUUUGCUCGGUCCACAGCUGGGAAACAAGGGGAGUGUUUGUGUAGGAGAUAUGGAUAACUUGUUCUGAAUCACUGUUUUUAUUCCCGUACAAGGGUUUCAUUACUUUUCUUUUUUUGCUUCAUUCUCAGGGUUGCUGGCGUAAAAUUGUUGUGGAUGACACUUUACCAUUCAGCGAAGACAACAAAUUGUUAGUUCCUGCAACACCCUGUGAAGGAGAAUUAUGGCCAAUGUUAUUGUCCAAAGCCAUCAUUAAACUUGCGAGCGUGGAGUAUGUCGAUUUUACACCCUAUUUAUUUUUUUCUUUCGCCCAUAGCUUUCAAGUGUAUCUUUGUAUCAUACUGUGAUGAUAGGAUUUACAGUUGAAUUAUGUUGGUGAAUGCAAACAUUUUCAAAAGACAAAAAUGCAGAAACUAUAUAUAUAUUUAUGUAUGUAUUUAUUAAUUUGUGUUAUUUGCAAAGUUAUGGGUUUGUUUUUACUCCAGUUUUCAAAAAACUUUAUAUAAUAUAUCUGAAUAUUAGUGUGAUGUUUUUGGGAUGUCCUUGGACAGAUCCAGACAUAUGUCCACAUGCAUAAACAAUUCCAGGAGAGGAGAGAAAAAAACAAUUUCAGAACGCCGCUGCAUUGAUGAACUACAGAAAGUAGGUUAUAUAUGCCAUAGUCAAUAAGACUUGAAAUUUGAUUGCCUAGCAAUUAUAUGGUACCAAUUAAUUAAUUUCAUAAUUGCUACUGUGAAAUGUAAGGUAUUGUUCAACAAGGCAUUUAUCAAAACUGAUUUUACACUAGCAAUCAUUUUAUGCUCAAUAAAUCAAAAAAGUAGACGGUUCGAAAAAAAACCAACAUAAUAUAUAUAUUGCACACUGUGUAAACGAAUUCAUUUAUAUUAUAUUGUAUAUCUUUUACCAAAAGUUACUUAAAAGGUCACUCUAAACACCAUACCCACUACAGCUCAUUAUAGUGUGUCAUGGGUGUCAUCCAGGUAAUGUUAACCGUACACAAUAUCUGUCAAAAGAUGUCAAUCCUUUUACUACAGUGACAAUGGGUGUUAAUAAAUAACCCUGUUUGACAAUAAUGUGCAGUACAAUAUAUAUUAUUUUAUUAAUGUACUAUUUUGCUUAUUAUGUGUCAGAAAGGAAAUAUAUGAAUUAUUAGUUGUUGUUUUUUAUGGUACGUUUCUACAAUACAUUUUUUUUUCUUUUUUUUUUUUUUCUUGACAGCCCAAAUGGGUUUACAAAAAAAGACAUGGGAGAAUUUACUGUCAUGCAUUCUCUAACUGGAUGGCUACCAGAGGUCAUUCCACUUGAGUAAGUAACAAUUUUUAUUUUACCUAAAAUUCAUAUCCUGUUUGCAAAUUUAAAUAUACAAACCGUGUGCUUAUAUAAAAAUCAUAAUGUACAACGUUUACAGCUUACUUAGUUUACAGAUUUACUGCCUUUCAUAUUAAUAGCAGCCAUUGUCAAUAGUCUCUCUCUUCGUCAUGUUGGUGUUUCCACUCUAAAGCAGGGGUUCCCAACCUAGUCCUCAAGUGCCCCCUAACAGGCAAGGAUUUAGGGAUUACCCAGUUGUGUCUAUGGUAUUUUUAGAAAAAAUUUAAAUAAAUAACCACUUUGGACACAACAGUCCAAUCCCUAAAUCCUAGACUGGUAGUGGGUACUUAAAGAUUGGGUUGGGUAACCUCUGCUCCACUAGGAUCUAUAUUUCUGCCAUAAAUGUGCAGAAAUAUAGAUCCUAGUGGAUGUGUUGUGAAUUUUAUUGUAUGGAAACAGCAGCUGGUUAUUAACAUUAUCAACACUCAUAUUAGAGAUGGUUCUUAGUAAAUAAUUGUGACAAGCAUAAAACAAUCUAGAGUUACAUAUAGUUACAUAUAUAUAGUUACAUAUAUAAAAGCUAAUAAAAGACUUGCGUCCAGGGCCAGAUUAACAUUGGGAUGAGUGGAACUUUAGCUCCAGGCCCAUCAUGCUGAGACAGGCCCACACUCAGGGGAGGCUGACCAGUCAGGCACUUCGGUCAUGGACUGAGGGCCCAUGGCAGUCACAGGCCAGGGUGCUGCAGAAGUUAUGGGGCAAAUAGUAAGAUCAGCUGAUCUCCCCAACCAGUCCUGCAAUUUUUAAAACUCCUUUGUUAAAUGUAGGCAGCUAAAAUCUUGUUUGGCUUCAGUGAGUAUGGACAGUGGCUGGGAUAGAAUUUUAGAUUCCUAUUCCACCACUUGAAACACAGAUAGCCGGCUGCACUGGAAGGAGCCUGACAAGAUAGCAGGACAAACAAAAGUUUAAUGUAAGAAAGGGAGGUUUGUUCAAAAAACUCUGAUCUCAUGGAUAUCAAAUUAUUGCAAACACAACACAAGGUUAUCAGAGAAUGAUAAAUAGUAAAGUAGGUAAAACACAGAAUAAAAGGUGCUACAAUCACCGUGAUACACAAUGUGUAUCACUCCAAACACACAGAAAACAGUGAAAUAUACAAUAAAUAGUGGUGAGAGCACACUGUAAAUAAAAUGUUACCACAAAUAGCACAUACAAUAGAUGAAUCUAAAAACAGAAAGAAACAUACACAUAGGGUAAUAAAUUUAAAACUGGGUAAUUAAUAAAAUCAAUGUUGGAUCCACUCACAUGGUUCUGAGCCACUCCACAAGCUGGCUCAGACUAAAAGCUGAAUAGCAUAAGGAAUGGUGGCUACUUUGGUAAGCAGGGCCGCCAUCAGGGCAUGACAACCGUGACAAUUGUCACGGGCCCUGCGGCCCUGGGGGGCCCGGCCGCCCGGGCCCCACGUGGAUCAGCGGAACUGCCGCCGGUGCAUCUGCACCGGGGCCCACACGCUGAUGGGGCCCAUCAGGUGGCCCCAAUCAUUUAGGGCCACCCAAUGGGCCCUAUUAUCUUCAGGGGCCCGUUUAGCGCUGUAAUAGCGCGACCGGGCCCCUUUAAAAAAAAAAAAAAAUGCAGCCGGAAGCAAGUGCUGCUGGGAGGAAGUGACGUCCGGUCACUUCCUCCCACUUUACUCCUCGCGGGAAGGAGGAUGCAGCCUGAGGAGAGGCAGCCGAUGCCCAUCAUCCCCAGCCACCCUCCUGCGACGAAAUGGUAAGAAAGAGAGGAGGGUUGCUGGGGAUGAAGUGUAUGUAUGUAUGCCAGUGUGUGUAUGCCAGUGUAUGUGUGUAUGUAUGCCAGUGUGUGUAUGCCAGUGUAUGUGUGUGUGUGUAUGCCAGUGUGUGUAUGCCAGUGUGUAUGCUGGUGUAUGAAUGCCAGUGUAUGUGUGUGUGUAUGCCAGUGUCUGAAUGCCAGUGUAUGUGUGUGUGUAUGCCAGUGUCUGAAUGCCAGUGUAUGAAUGCCAGUGUGUGUGUAUGCCAGUGUAUGAAUGCCAGUGUAUGUGUAUGUAUGCCAGUGUGUGUAUGCCAUUGUGUGUGCCAGUGUAUGUGUGUAUGUAUGCCAGUGUGAUGUGUGUGUGUGUAUGCCAGUGUGUGUAUGCCAGUGUAUGUGUAUGAAUGCCAGUGUAUGUGUGUAUGAAUGCCAGUGUAUGUGUGUAUGAAAGCCAGUGUAUGUGUGUAUGUAUGCCAGUGUGUGGAUGCCAGUGUAUGUGUGUAUGUAUGUAUGUAUGCCAGUGUGUGUGUAUGCCAGUGUGUGUAUGCCAGUGCGUGUGUGUAUGCCAGUGCAUGUGUGUAUGUAUGCCCAUGUAUGCCAGUGUAUGUGUGUGUGUGUAUGCGUGUGUGUAUGUAUGCCAGUGCGUGUAUGCCAGUGUGUGUCUGUAUGUAUGUAUGCCUGUCGGUAUGUAUGUAUAUAUCAAUAUGCAGUAUGUAUAUGUAUGUUUGUCAGUAUGUAUGUCUGCUUGUAUAUGUGUGUGUGUUUCUCAGCAUCUCCCUAUGCAUGUGUGUAUGUCUGUUUCAGUAUUUGUAUCUGUUAGUGUGUGUAUUCCUGUGGGCGGGAUUUGGAGGCAGGCUUGAAGGGGGGCCCAGACCUUGAGCUGUGUUAGGGGCCCCAAAAUUUCUGAUGGCAGCCCUGUUGGUAAGGAUCUGAAUACUCAGCCUUUUUCUUAGGGUGCAGCACCAAAAGAAACCCCAAGUUAUUGGAUGUAGGUGUGUAAAAGCACCAGAGGCUUUAUUAAACAAACUGACAGGAUACCUUACAAUUAAAAUAAAAGAUAGUCCACCUCCACAUGAUGCGUUUCGGCUGGUUUGCCUUUCUCAAAAGUGGUUCCAUUGUGAGUGUCUUCAUGUUCCUCCUUUUUAAAAAACUGUUUUGGCGCCUUGUUCUGAACGCCCGGUUGUUACUUCCGGGUUCCGGAUGCUUACAUGUUCAAACGUCCAUAUCUCUUUUUACGUCUGAUGUCGUGCUCGACUAGAGUUCCGGCACUCAAGUUGAAAGCUUGAAUUUGUCAUUAUGAGUUCUAUAUACAUGAUCCAUACACAGUUAGGAAGUCCGCCAUACUUUUGGUGGUAUAUAAGAGGCAUGAUACAUAGCGAUAUCAGAAAGUGAUAAACUACUUGUGCAUAAUUUAAAACAUAUAAAUCACAAGAAUGAACAUUAAUAUAUAUAUUAUACAUGUUAAAAAUGUCUAAUACAAGUAGAACGUUAAAAGGAGUAUCAACCUAAGAAUAAAUCAGAUCUCAUGGGAGAUAAAAUUAUGAGGAAGAAAAGUAAGAGGAAUAUUAAACAUAUAUGAAAUCAUCUUACAAAAAUAUAUUUAAAACAUAGCAUUUUAAUAAUAAAAAAAUAAUUUAAAAAUUAUUAAAUAAUUAAAAAUAUGAAUUCAAUCUGUGGGGUAAUAAGAUAUUGAGAUUAACAAUCCAUUUCAUCUUAGAUUUACUAUGGAGGCUAUCUAUAUUCCCUCCUCUCCAGUGUGUUUUCAUUUUUUAGACUUAUCCAUUUAUGGUGAACACAACCAAUUAAAAAGUAAAGCUUUUUUAAAGCAAGUCGACGUUAACAGUUUUAUUGAUUUUACCAGUUGCCAUUUUAGACCAUGGUUAACCAACAUUCCCAAGGGCCAAUUUUUAAGAUUGAAACGUAAUUCACAACACUAUAAAGAACAAGCAUUGAUUCUUAAAACGCACUUUGUUGCCAAAGGAUAUGAUUCAGAAAAGAUACCGAAGGUUUAUGAGGAAUUUGAAAACAAACCGAGGCAGGAACUUAUAAAAUAUAGAGUCAAACCACAAAAGGAUAAAGACAAUAAAGAAGAGAUCCCACUAACUUUUCAUUGUAAUGCCAACAGUUUUAAUCUACAAAAAAAAAAAAAUUAAGAAAAAUUGGCAUAUUCAGGAUAUUCAGAAUUUUAUAAGGAGUAAAACCCAUUUUAUUUUUAGUCUAAGUCUAAAUUAAAAUAAUUUCAACACAUAGUUUUUUAGAUAAAACUGUAAGGAGAAAAAAAAAUUGUGGUUUUUAUUAUUGUAAGAACUGCAGGGAUUUCACUUUAAGAUAUUUUAAAAAGCAUAUUAAAAAUGAUUUUAAAAAAAGACCAUUAUAACAUAAAAUAUUUUAUAACGUGCAAUACUAAAAAUGUGAUUUAUAUGUCCCUUCGGUGUCCAAUAUGUUGGAAAAACAUCCCGGUCUCUUAAGAGAAGAAUUCGAGAACAUAUUUAUAAUAUUAAUAGAAAAUGUAAUUUACAUAGUGUCUCAAAGCAUUUUUUAGAAAAACAUAAUCGAAAUCCGCAGGGACUAGAUUUUAUUGGUAUCGAAGCAGUUAAAACACACUAGAGAGAGCCUCCUGACUAAAUCUGAGAUGAGAUGGAUUUUUAAUCUCAAUAUCUUAUUACCCCACGGUCUGAUUUCAGAUUUUGAAAUCAAUUCAUGUUUUUAAUUAUUUAAACAUUUUCUGAUUAUUUAAUUAUUAAAAUGCUAUGUUUUAAAUAUAUUUUUGUAAGAUGAUUUCACAUAUGUUUAAUAUACCUCUUUCUUUUCUCCCUAAUAAUUUUUUCUCCCUUGAUUAUUUAUUUUUAGGUCGAUACUCCUUUUAAUGUUCUAUUUGUAUUAGGCAUUUUUAACAUGUAUUAUAUAUAUUGAUGUUCAUUCUUGUGUGAUUUAUAUAUUUUAAAUUAUGCACUAGUAGUUUAUCACUUUCCGAUAUCGCUAUAUAUCAUCCUUCUUUAUAUACCACCAAAAGUAUGGCAGACUUCCUAACUGUGUAUGGAUCAUGUGUAUAGAACUCAUAAUACACAUAAUGAAAAAUUCAAGCUUUCAAUUUGAGUGCCGGAACUCAAGCUGGGUCCGACGUCAGACGUAAGAAGACAUAUGGACGUUUGAACACGUAAGUAUCGCGAACCCGGAAGUAACGACCAGGCACUCAGAAUUAGGCGCCAAAACAGUUUUUUAAAAAGGGGGAACAUGAAGAUACUCACAACAGAACCACUUUUGAGAAAGGCAAACCAGCCGAAAUGCAUCAAGUGGAGGUGGACUGUCUAUUAUUGUAAAUGUAAGGUAUUCUGUCAGUUUGUUUAAUAAAGCCUGUGGUGAUUUUACACACCUACAUCCAAUAACUCGGAGUUUCUUUUGGUGCUGCACCCUAAGAAAAAGGCUAAGCUGUAAACCUGCAUAUCCAUAUCCUUACCAAAGUGGUCACCAAUCCCUUUGCUAUUCAGCUUUUAGUCUGAGCCAGUUGUGGAGUGGCUCAGAACCAUGUGAGUGGAUCCAACAUUGAUAUUAUCAAUUACCCAGUUUUAACUUUAUUACCCAAUGUUUAUGUUCCUUUCUGUUUUUAGAUUCAUCUAUUGUAUGUGCCAUUUGUGGUAACCUGUUAUUUACAGUGUACUCUCACCACUAUUUAUUGUAUACAACAGAGGAUUAUCCCACCCAAAAAAUCAUUUUUUUUUUUGUUUUUUAAUUUGUAAUUUUUGGUGUGCGUUAUGAUAACAGAAGAUAUACAGUAUACACCUAAAAAAUAACCAUGAUAUCACAUUUCACGUAGAGUAUAGUGUAUAGACUGGUCAGCACGUUUUUGAAGGGCUAUUAAAUGAGAUUAGAAAAACAGAGUAGUGUAAUUAAGACAGCAGAGUAACUUUAACCCCUUAAGGACCAAACUUCUGGAAUAAAAGGGAAUCAUGACAUGUCACACAAGUCAUGUGUCCUUAAGGGGUUAAGUAACUUUCCAAUUGCACAGAGUGGGUUCACAUGAGCGAUCCCACGAGGCUACCUUCGAUACUUAGGUGAAAGUCCCCCAUUACAUAUCUAAAUAAGGUUUUCCACCCCCACAUCUUGCAGUGUCUGUGCCAUUUGGGCUCUGUUUGCUUGAAGGAGUGUGCUGGCAACACCAUGGGUAUGCGUUUAACAGGUUUGUGUAAUUUAGCUUGCUGCUCCCUAGAUGCUAUUUUCUUCCAAAACUUAGCCUAGAGGUCGUUCAGCUUGGCCAUGAUAUCAGGCUUCUCAACAUUUCGAGCACACGUGGCGGUGGCCAUUUUGCAGGACUUUGCUUCUUCCAGCUGCUCGCAGAGCUCCAUCUUUGGGGCCUUUGCAGAUGGUUUGCCUCUCAGGAUUGGACCGGGAUAACCUCCACCGGUCCGGGGGGAGGAAGAGGAGGGGGAGCAGGGUGUCUGCCCCUCCAAAACGCUUGGGUAAGAUAUCAGGCUUGUCACCAGGUCACCCCUGAUUUAGGUAGUGCACCCCGGUUUGUUUUUUGUCUCGAGUUUGGCGAGUAUCUGUAGGAAAUCGGCAAGUAAAGCGGGAGCCUAGCUUUCAUGCGACUGCUCAGCUUGCUGGCUUGCCCUGCCCCUCUCUCCCCCCAAAAUAUAAAUAAAUAGAAAAUCUUUGUUAAACAUGUAUAUUGCACAAUUAUGGCGGCACCCUUUUAGUCAAUACUUUGUGCUUCCUCCCCUUUGCCAAGAUAACAUCUCUGAGUCUUCUCCUAUGUAGCCUGAUAUUUAUUGAGAAAUGGUUUUAGUAUCAAGGAAUCAAAGUAGUACAUGCACAACUCUAGCAAUUUCCUAGCAUGAAUACUACACUCCAUUAUUAAUCAUUAUCUACCAAACACAUCCUUCCAACUGUAGAGGUGGGGUCACAUGUAAUAUAAUAUGUGAUCUAUUACAGUAUAGUAAAAAGAGAAGAAUAUGCUGAAUAAAUUUAAAAAUGUUAUCAGUUAUAUGAAUUUUUUUAACAUGUUCAGUUGUCCAGUUACAUUUUCUUUUUCUCUUACAUUAAAGGGAUACUAUAAUAACCAAAACCACUUUGGUUUAAUGAAGCAGUUUUUGUGUACAGAUCAUGCCCUGCUGUCUCAUUGCUCAAUUCUCUGCCAUUUAGGUGUUACUUCACUUUGUUUAUACAACCCUAGCCACACCUCCGUGCAUGUGACUUCCUAAACAUUUCCUGUCAACAGUCUACUAAUGUUUUCACUUCCUUUAUUGUAAAAUCUGUUUCAUUUUGAAUUUCUUAUCUCCUGUUCUGUGAAUUGCUUGCUAGAUCCUGCAGGUACUUAACUCACAGCAAAUUACAGAGCAGGAGAUAAAAAACUUUUAAAGUAAGUUGCAUCUAAUUAUUUUGUUUUCAUGCAGGCUGUUUCAAUCACAGCAAGAGGCUGGCUAGAGCUGUGUAGACAGAAACAAAAGUGAUUUAACGAUUUAAAUAGCAGAUAAUUGAUCAGUGAAUCUUCAGAGGCAUGAUCAAUACACAAAAACGGCUUCAUUAAGCUAAAGUUGUUUUGGUGACUUUAUGACUAUAGUGUCCCUUUAACCUCAAUAAAAUAUGCCACAGAUGCUAGUUGACUCCCUUUAUAUAUCAGUCUCAGGCAGAAAUAUGAAUGCAGUGUAAGUGUCCCAUUUUUUUUCUAUACGAUUCUCAAUAAUAUAUUUCCAUAUGUUAAUCUUAUAGAAACAAAUGAGCCUUAUUUAGCUUUGUAAUUCGACUAAUAACAAAAACGACUCUGUAGAAUAAAAGCGUGGCAUUUCAUUAACACCUCUCUAAGUAUUUUUGUAUUUAUUGUAAUAAACCAUACAUAUAUAUUUGUAGAUUAUAACUUAGCUCCUUUACGUACAUAUACACGUUUUAUAUAAUAUUGUAAUAUUUCUAUCUUGUUUCAGCAAUGAUUAUUUAAAUGAUGUCUGGACUCUCUUGAAAAGGAUAGUUCCUGAGUUUCGGUUACCUAGUGAUGAAAAUCCUGAAUCCAAAGGUCCUAUAGCACAGGAAAAGCCAAAGGAAAACAUGCAAACUGAAGUAAAGGCUGACCUGCAAGUACCUAUAAUUAUUAAACCAGCUGAGAAGACCAACAAAGGUUAGACUAUAGGUCUUGUUUGAACCACAAAGGUUGUAUUAGUGUUGAGGACGGGAAGGGGCUUCAUUUAGAGUCCCUCUACAAAGAUUAAUUGGAUAGAAUGAAGUCCUGACAUUGACAUACUUAUAAAGUUCAUCGUAUUGCACAAGUAUGUAGAGUAUUGUAGAAGAUUUAUAUUCCUCUUAGUCUUAGUAAUUAUUAUCAUAUACUCUCAGGAGACCGCUAUUUGGAUUUUUUGGUGAGAACUAUACCAAGCUAACAAAUGGGGAAUUUUAUAAUAUUAUAAUGUAAUUUUCAGCUUCUUACUUCUCAAUUUAUUUUACUGAUAAGAUAUUCAUUUUUAAUGGUUUAAAUGUGAUUAUUUAGGGUAGUUUAAUGUAUUCUCCAGAAAGGCCUGCGUCUUAUUUUUUUUAAUUUUGUGAUAUUUUCCUAGUUUUGUGUUCUUUACAAAUUUAGUAUGCUUUUACCCUUGGUAUUAAGGUAAAUUGUGCCAACCUUAUUAUGUUUCUCAGAUUGAUCCUAGUCAGAUUGUGCAGCAAUUAAAAUUUGUGUACAGCAGCUACAAAUUAUCGCGGGGAGUUAUUUGAAAAAUGAAUUUUUGUUUCAGUGCUUUGAGCAGCCCGUGGGUAUACUCCAAGAAAUCACAAUGCUUUCUUGGGGCACAUGAAAGCAAAAAAGAAAUACAUACUGGUUGUUUACCUCUGUUUUACAGAAUCUUAUUAAAGAUAGAAUACAAUCUGUACAACAUACACUGUGAGUCCAGUUUGCAAUACACAAGGAAAAAUACAAUAAAUAAUAUAUAGCGUGUAAGAGUGAUUAUACACAGAAAGUUAUAUUAACCUGCAAGUGUCUGGAAUACUGUGAAACCUAACAAGCAGUGUGUAAUAGAUAACCAAUAGUGAUGUCCCGAACGGUUCGCCGAAUGGUUUGCGAACGGUUCGCCACGGACUCAUCAUUGAGUAAACUUUGACCCUGUACCUCACAGUCAGCAGACACAUUCCAGCCAAUCAGCAGCAGACCCUCCCUCCCAGACCCUUCCACCUCCUGGACAGCAUCCAUUUUACAUUCAUUGUGAAGCUGCAUUCUUAGUGAGCUGUCCAGGAGGUGAGAGGGUCUGGGAGGGAGGGUCUGCUGCUGAUUGGCUGGAAUGUGUCUGCUGACUGUGAGGUACAGGGUCAAAGUUUACUCAAUGAUGAGUCCGUGGUGAACCGUUCGGGACAUCACUAAUAACCAACAUUUACACAUAUACCAAACUUUAGAGUGGCUGGGUUUAAAGGGUCACUCCAGACCCCUAAAGCACUUUAGAUUACUGAAAGGGUUUGUGUGUGAAGAGCUUGUCCACUAUUUUUCAUUUUGAAAAAAUUGCAUAUUUCAAUAGAAAUUUACACUUUUAUAAAUUGACUUGUUUUAUUUAAAUUAACCCAUGCAGUCCUGUUACUUCCUGGUUUGGCUAGCUCAGUGGAGCUAAACUCAUAAAGCAGCAACUGUCAAGAGCACCUGUUGACACAGAAUGUCUGGGCGGGAUUAGAAGGGGAGGGUUUUUAAAGACAGCAGAAAAUAGAACUGUAGGUUUUGCAAGCUGUUUUUCGAUAUACCACCAAUGAAAAAAAUGCAUAAUAAAAUGUGUGCAAGUUUUCGUUUGGGGUAUAUCUACUAAACAUUUUAUUUUGUAUUUUGUGUGGAGUGUGAGAACUGGAAUAGCGAGGUACAAUAACAGAGUCAAGGAGUAUAGAUAAGAGAACAGUCUUGUUCUCUGUAAUGUCACAAGAUGAGCAAAAACCAGCUUGAGAUCUGAGCGGGGACCCACCGAAGGGCUGGCUAUUUCAGCUGCUGCCCGUUCUCAGUAUACUCUUACGACCCAUUUUUUGCUCUCCGAACAGUCAUUAAUAGCCAAGAUAAAAAACAGAAAUACUAUGAGAGAAAUAUAACCUGCUUAUUGGCAAUCAAAAUAGAACUAUAACAGGGCAAGGACCCGUGCCAUGGCAAACUAUUUCUAGUCUGGCACUUUAACAUUAUAGCCAUAACCCCAAAAUGUUAGACAUAACCAAUUUUGGCAGGCCAUAACUUCAUCAGCGUCAUGAUGUUGUCACGCAUACGCGCUUCUUAAAUGAACGGUGCUACAGCAGCCAGUGUUUGUACCGCUGGAGAGAGGAGAGGGAUUAUGUGGAAGGUCCCCAGCCACUUGUUAUUGUCACCCAGGCUGCUGCACCCCAUGUAAAAAACAAGGUACCCUGACACCAAGUUGUGCUCGGAGCAUAAGAGGAGCCUGACAUCUUCAGCAACAUGGGAUGGGUGGUGGGAGGGAGAGGGAACCUGCAGUGCCGGGAAAACGGUUUGUUUUCCUGGCACUGGAGAGUCCCUUUAAUUUCAUCUCUGUCAAAAGUACAGCAACGUAAUUUUAUAUUACAGAACUAUCACUUCCAUCAUUUUCUUUUCAGAGUCCCUUAUCCUUAUUUUUGUUCUGAGAAUCUCGCAUGCACUUUUUAUUUCAUUCUCUCCUAUCCUCGCCAUUUUAAAGUCCCAGUUAUCUUACCCUAAGAAACUACAUGUACAGGAAUUGUCCAUCAGUCUAAAUUUCACUCAGUCCAUUCAUUUUAACAUGCAAAUUGUAGUCUCAAUAAUAGCUGAAGAAAAUUGUUUUGUAGAAAAGCUUCUCAGUCCUGCAGUCACUGCCUUGCUGCAUCCCUCAAAUUAUUAAGUACCCACUGUGCAAAAACAUGAUUACAUGUUUUAGAUAAUAUAAUUUUCUAGCCACAAUGCUGGAAAUGUAUAUAUUCAAUUUUAUUGUUAUAAUUACUAGAAUUCAUGUUCAAUUAUUUAUGCUUUCGGUGUAAAAAUACAAAUGACAAAUAUUCCUUCCUCAAUAAACAAUAUCCUGUGCAUACUUUUCAUCAGAUCCACCAAAUUCAACAUGGCUGCGUGCUUUGCUUUUGGGGGUUUUAUCUUAAAGUUUAGUAUUCCUAGUAGUAUAGCUCCUCUGCCUCCCCCUUCCCUCAUGACCCUGCCAAUAAAAAGUUAAAAACUCUUUAUUUACUUACCUGAACCCAGCACUGAUAUCCCUUGGCCCUGGGACGAUGUUACUGUGUAACACACCAACAUGCAGAGUUCAGGACAGCAAGAAACAAAACAAUGAAAUAACGUAUAACUGGGCCUCAGAAUGGCCAGACUUAAUGUAGACAGAGAAAAAGUGCAGUCAAUAGUGAGCCAAGGUCAGGGUAACAGAGAGACAAUGAAACUGAGAACUAGCCAGAGUCAGGUACACGGUAAUCAGGCAGACAACACAGAAAAGGUUAAACAUAAACGCAGAGUCAGUAACAAAGCCCAGGUCAAUACCAGAAUAAAAUGUUGUAGUAGUUUAAGAAACACACUAAAGGGUGCUUGGACAGAAACCACAAUAGGGCACAGUGUACAGGGCUAGAGAGAUUUAAAUACCUUUAAGUUAAUUUGAUUGGUCCACGUCAUGCCUGCACCCCACAAACGUAUGUGCAUGGGGCCGCCCGAAUGACAUAGACCAAUGAGAGCCUGAUACUAUCUGGGGAUCCCAUCACCCCCUUAAGAGCGUGUUCUUAAUACUGCAGUACCCAUCUUGAAGACAUUCCUACCGGGCGGGAAGGAACAGGCUUGCCAUAAAAUCAGGAGUGGAAUGCCCUUAGCAGGUGAGGGGCAUGAAUAUCACAUGCGGAAACCAACAGAAUCCACCAAGAAACGCUGAACCUGCUCCAAAGUCCUUUGCAAACCAGCUAAAUGUUUGUCCUGAACCAGCAUUCCCAGCAAAGAGAAUGCAGAUGGGAGAACAGGAUGCCGGCCAUCAACAAUGUAAAAAAGGACUGUUACCGGAAGACUAGUGAGCAGGAUUAUUAUGAACAAAUUGAGCCCAAGGGAGCAGGACAGCCCAAUCAUUCUGGUGGUGGGAAACAAAACAGCAAAGAUAUUGCUCUCGGACAAGCAUGUCAAACUUGCGGGACUUUGGUACAAAAUUGCCCCCCUUCUACCUCUGAGGCAUCCUUUUUAUGACUGUGCUCCUUACUCAAUUUGUAUUUGCAUUUAUUUGGGAUUUUCAGGAUAGAGCCUUAUGUAAGUGAGCACCAAAUACCUUGUUCUCACAGAGCUCCAUUUGGGGCUAGUUCGCAUUUAUUAUUGGAGUGUGCCUACCUUGCUUUAUUUUUACUAUCUUUCCAGGUUUAGGCAGAGUUACUAUAUGGGCCAUUAACAUCUCUGAUGGCAUAUUUCAUUGUUUUAUCAUGUAAUUAAAUGUUUGUUCCAAAUUUGGCGUUAUAACUAUAGAAACAUUUUAAUAAUAUACAUAUGUAAACCCGUCUGGGCCUAGUGACUUCCUAAGUGGUAAUAAUUCUAUGGUCUGCUGAAUCUCCUGGGCAGAGAUCGGAGCACUCACAACUUUUUUAUGAGGUUGAAUAAGGGAUGGCAAAUUAGUCCAUUUGAGAAAUUGGUCAAUUUCUUGUAAUGACAGAAAUGUCUAUCAUAUGAAGGUUGUAGAGUAAUUUCUAAGAAUUUGCCAGCUCAUUAUUUAUGUCUUGUGGAUUUGUCAGUUUUCCACGUGUAUUUGUCCUUAAAUAAGAUAUUCUUGUUUUUGCCUCAUGUUGCUGUAGUUUAAGGGCUAAUACUUUCCCUGUUCUAUUGUCCUCAGUGUAUUCUCUUAUUUUUAAUCUUUGAAGUAUUUGAAUAGUUUUAGAAAAAUGUAUAUCAUUAAUUAAUUUAGUCAGGUGAGCUAUAUGUCUUUGCUGUUGAUCUGAAGAAGCUAAAAGAUUAAACAUAGUUGUAUUCCUAAUUCACGCAAUAGUUCUAUAUAUUUUUUCCUCUCUGCCCGUUUUACAUAAGAAGCCUGGCUUAUAAAUUAACCCCAAAGCACUGAGUUAUGUGCUUGACAAACAACAAUUGGAGUGACAUCCUCUGUAUUAUUUACUUUAAAAUCAUUUUUUAAUUCUGUCAAAAUUUGAUUUUUAAAAGCUUUAAAGGAAUCAUUAAGUCCCCAGGUUGCCCUUGUCCUCUAUAUUUACUUUGAUCCUUAAGUGCUAAUGUUAUAGGCGCGUGGUCUGACCACUCUAUAUUUCCUCUAACGCUUUGUGUAACUAAUGGUAGUAGAGCUCCUGAAACAAAAUUAAUUCUGGAGUGGGUUUUAUACACUGGUGAAAAAUUGGUAUAGCUUCUUUCACCCAGAUGCAGAGUUCUUCAUACAUCAUACAACCCAAAGUCCAUAAUCACUUUAAGUAAGGCUUUACAUUGGGGCUUAAGUGUACGAUAUUACGGAGAUGUUGUAAGUAAUGUAGUAUCUACCUGAGGGUCCAUGAUGUCAUUUAGAUCACCACAUACUAUCAAUGUCCCAAUCUGAGAUGGAGUUAAUUUUUCUAGAAUUUUAUAUAAAAAUUUCUAUAUUGAUCAUUAGAACUAUAAAUAUUUACAAUAGUAUGGGAUAUAUAAUUUAUCAAACAUUGCAAAAUGAUAUAUCUACCUUGGCUAUCUAUUUUAAUGUUCAAUAAUUCAAAGGAAAGUGUUUUGUGUACAAGUAUUGAAACACCUCUAGAUUUAGAAGAAUGGGUAGUACGAUAUUGUAUCGGAUAUUCUCUGUGUCCAAAGGUUGGCACUCUGUUUCUCACAAAGUGAGUGUCCUGGACACAGAGAAUAUCGAUUUGUGUUCUUCUAGUAAUAUACGUAUUUUAUUAAAUGUGUUAUGUCCUUGUGCAUUAUGUGAACUUAUUUUCAUAUAGCUUAUAUAAAAAUUUUCACUUAAUUGAUUAAUUAACUUAAAAUUCUAUAAUUUUUUGUAAACCUAGUUCACUUAAGUUUACAAAAAACCAUAACUAAACUACUAAAAUGUUUUUGCAUAUACACUGCUCAAAAAAAUAAAGGGAACACUUAAACAACACAAUGUAACUCCAAGUCAAUUACACUUCUGUGAAAUCAAACUGUCUACUUAGGAAGCAACACUGAGUGACAAUCAAUUUCGCAUGCUGUUGUGCAAAUGGGAUAGACAACAGGUGGAAAUUAUAGGCAAUUAGCAAGACAUCCCCAAUAAAGGAGUGGUUCUGAAGGUGGUGACCACAGACCACUUCUCAGUUCCUAUGCCUCCUGGCUGAUGUUUUGGUCACUUUUGAAUGCUGGCGGUGCUUUCACUCUAGUAGUAGCAUGAGACGGAGUCUACAACCCACAGAAGUGGCUCAGGUAGUGCAGCUCAUCCAGGAUGGCACAUCAAUGCGAGCUGUGGCAAGAAGCUUUGCUGUGUCUGUCAGCGUAGUGUUCAGAGCAUGGAGGCACUACCAGGAGACAGGCCAGUACAUCAGGAGACGUGGAGGAGGCCGUAGGAGGGCAACAACCCAGCAGCAAGACCGCUACUUCCGCCUUUGUGCAAGGAGGUACAGGAGGAGCACUGCCAGAGCCCUGCAAAAUGACCUCCAGCAGGCCACAAAUGUGCAUGUGUCUGCUCAAGCGGUCAGAAACAGACUCCAUGAGGGUGGUAUGAGGGCACGACGUUCACAGGUGGGGGUUGUGCUUACAGCCCAACACCGUGUAGGACAUUUGGCAUUUGCCAGAGAACACCAAGAUUGGCAAAUUCGCCACUGGCGCCCUUUGCUCUUCACAGAUGAAAGCAGGUUCACCCUGAGUACAUGUGACAGACGUGACAGAGACGCUGUGGAGAACGUUCUGCUGCCUGCAACAUCCUCCAGCAUGACCGGUUUGGCAGUGGGUCAGUAAUGGUGUGGGGUGGCAUUUCUUUGGGGGGCCGCACAGCCCUUCAUGUGCUCACCAGAGGUAGCCUGACUGCCAUUAGGUACCGAGAUGAGAUCCUCAGACCCCUUGUGAGACCAUAUGCUGGUGUGGUUGGCCCUGGGUUCCUCCUAAUGAAAGACAAUGCAUUGAUGCUAUGGACUGGCCCGCCCGUUCACCAAACCUGAAUCCAAUUGAGCACAUCUGGGACAUCAUGUCUCGCUCCAUCCACCAACGUCACGUUGCACCACAGACUGUCCAGGUCUGGGAGGAGAUCCUUCAGUAGACCAUCCACCACCUCAUCGGGAGCAUGCACAGGCAUUGUAGGGAGGUCAUACAGGCACAUGGAGGCCACACACACUACUGAGCCUCAUUUUGACUUGUUUUAAGGACAUUACAUCAAAGCGGGAUCAGCCUGUAGUGUGUUUUUCCACUUUAAUUUUGAGUGUGACUCCAAAUCUAGACCUCCAUGGGUUGAAAAAUUUGAUUUCCAUUUGUUAAUUUUUGUGUGAUUUUGUUGUCAGCACAUUCAACUAUGUAAAGAACAAAGUAUUUAAGAAGACUAUUUAAUUCAUUCAGAUCUAGGAUGUGUUAUUUUUGUGUUCCCUUUAUUUUUUUGAGCAGUGUACAUAAAACCUGAGAUGAUCCAAAUCCUCCAUUUGUUGCUAAUUAUAUGAACAAACAUGUUAUAACAAUACUCAUGCAUAGAAUCUAUUCUAAUCACUAUUAAAGGCAAUUACGGAAUUAACCUUGUUAUCAUUUUAUUGGGAAGAGGAAAAUGGUAUAUGUAAUGUAAAAGGAAAAAGUAAAAAAUAAAGAAAAAAAGUCUAUACAAAAAAACUCCAUAAGAGGUUUUAAAAAUAGUACCUUGGGGUUUUGAGCCCUCUAAGUCUCCUGGUGUGGUUAUAUGGGCCCACAGACCUUUUUAUAAUAUAUACUUUUUUAUGAGGUUGAAUAAGGGAUGGCAAAUUAGUCCAUUUGAGUGCGCUGGAUUGUGUAUUUUGUAUGAUAUAUAUAACAUACAAAAUACACAAUCAUUCACUAAACAGCAAUUUUAGGUCCCACAGAUUGUAAUAGUUUUAUUUAAAAACACCUCACCUAGGCAAAAAAUAAUGGGGAGACAGCCCCUGGAGGCAGACUUUCUCUGGAACUGCAAUAUUUAACAUUGCAGCACUAGGUGCGAUAGGAACACUGUACCCAGACCAAUUCAAUGAGCUAAAGUGGUCUGGGUACCUAUAGUGUCCAUUUAACUGUGUGUGCUCACUGAAGGGUGUAAUAUUUUUUAUUUAUUGUAUAAAUGUUUAUUUAACCCCUUCAGACCGGAGGGUGUACUAUUACGCCCUAUUUUAGGUGGCUCUAAACGCCGCCGGGCAUAACAGUACGCCCUCCGGUCUUUCAUUACUUACCCGGUUGGGGGGAGCCCCCCCGCAACACAUUCUCCUCCUGGCAGCCCCCCCGGCCAUUUGAGAGUGAGGUCCUUGCGAGGACCUCACAAUCACAUGGCCAGGAUAGCUGGCUGCUGCAUUGCCAGCAGGGGGACUGCCUGUAAUGACAGGUAGUCCCCCUGCUGGCUGGAAAUAAAAAUAAAAUAAAGUUAAAAAGUGUAAAAAAAAAAUAUAUACUUAGAUCAUAUAUAUAAUAUAUAUAUAUAUAUAUGAUCUAAGUAUAUAUAUAUAUAUAUAUAUACACAUAUACAUACACUGUCUAGGUGUAUUUUACUAUUAAUAUAUAUAAUUAUAUAUAUAUAUAUAUAUAUUAAUAUCAAAUUACACGUAGACUGAUACUGAUUAAAUAUAUAUAAUUAUUGUUAUAUAUAUAUUUAUAUUUAAUAUUAAAUUAAAUAUGUAAAUACGUUAAAAAAUAAAAUUAAAAAAAAUAAUUAAAAAAUAUAUAGAUGUGUGUUAUUUUGUUCUAACUGUAUUGUGAUAUUAAUAUAUAUAUAUUUAUAUCAAAAUACACGUAGAACGAAAUAAUAUAUAUAUCUAUAUACAUAAAUAUAAACGUAUAUAUCACUAUAUGUAUACGUGUAUAUAUAAAUAAAAAUAUUUAAAAAAAAUUAUAUAUAUAUAUAUAUAUAUACACAUAUAUAUUCACAUACGUAUAUAUAUACAUAUAUUAAUUCUACAUAUAUAUUUAUUUAAAUAUUUACAUAAUUAGGUAUCUUAAUUAAUUACAAUUAGCGGGACCUGCCUGACAACCCAUGCCGAAAGUAAAGGGAAUUUAAUUUGCUAGCACUAUAUUUAACCCUAUAACUUUCCAAGACACCAUAAAACCUGUACAUGGGGGGUACUGUUUUACUCGGGAGACUUCGCUGAACACAAAUAUUAGUGUUUCAAAACAGUAAAAUGUAUUACAACGAUGAUAUCGCCAGUAAAAGUGAAGUUUUUUGCAUUUUUCACGCACAAACCGCACUUACACGGACGAUAUUAUUGCUGCGAUACUUUUUACUGUUUUGAAACACAAUUGUUUGUGUUCAGUGAAGUCUCCCAAGUACAACAGUACCCCUCAUGUACACGUUUUAUGGUGUUUUCAAAAGUUACAGCGUCAAAUAUAAGGCUUGUUUUACAUUUUUUUUCACAUUAAAAUUCGCCAGAUUGGUUACGUUGCCUUUGAGACUCUAUGGUAGCCCAAGAAGGAAAAUUACCCCUAUGAUGGCAUACCAUUUGCAAUAGUAGACAAUCCAAGGUAUUGCAAACGGGGUAUGCCCAGUCUUUUUUAGUAGCCACUUAGUCACAAACACUGGCCAAAAUUGGCGUUUUUUGCAUUUUUCACACACAAACAAAUACUAACGCUAACUUUGGCCAGUGUUUGUGACCAAAUGGCUACUAAAAAAGACUGGACAUACCCAGGGCCGGAUUAACAUAGGGGCUGAUGGAGCUGCAGCUCCAGGCCCAGGCCCAGGCCCAUGGAAUAGGCCAAUUGAUUUAAAAAAAAAAAAAAAUUUUUUUUUUUACUUUUACAUUUUUUUUUCUCCACACACUACUCUUAGGGAUUCCACCUGGCUUUUAUUUUAUUGGCACAGCCAGUAUUUGAGGCUGCCUGGCUGGUGCCAAUAUUGCAGUGAUACUGGCAAUACAAAUGCUGGUAUUUUUCUCAGUAUAAACAAGAGAUUACUAUGCAAUACCAACACUGGCCAGUAGGGGUCGCUGUGUGUGGAGACAGACAGGGAUAGGAAGUUCCAGCAUAUCCCUCCCUGCCCAUCUAUACUCACUGAUCUGCAGGGGAGCAGCUACAGAGAGUCCAGACAGCAACUCCCACCCUGCAGAGACAGCCUACAGCUCAGGGAAGUAAUGGAUGGGGGGAAAGGCUGCAAGGAGACAUGGGGACACUGAGACACUAAGGGACAUUGGGAGACAUUAUGACACAGACACAUGGGGACACAGUGUCCCCAUGUCUCCCAGCCAGUGUCCCUGGUGUCUCGGUGCCCCCUAGUCUCCCAGUGACCCCAGUCUGCCAGUGUCUCACUGUCCCUAUGUCUCCUAGUGCCUCCAUGUCUCUCAGUGCCUCAAGUGUCACAAUGUCCCCAUGUCCCCCAGCCUGUGUCUCUAGUGUCUGUGUCCCUGGUGCCUGUGUCCCCAUGUCUUCAAGUGUCCCCUAUUUUCCCAUUGUCCCAAUGUGUCCCAGCCAGAGUCCCCUAGUCUCCCAGUGUCACUGGUGUCUACGUGUCCCAAGGUCUCCCCAUGUCCCCAGGUCUCCCCAUCUUCCUAGUGACAUGGGGACAAAGGGAGACAUGGGGCAUUGAGACACUGUGAUUCAUAGGAUCACUGGGAGACCUGGGGACACGACACUAGGAGACACUGGGAGACAUGGGGCACUGAGACACUGGAGUAAUCGACACUUGGGGGCACUGAGUCAUGAGGGCACUGGGAGACAUGGGGGCACUGGGAGGAAUCCAUCUAUACAGCAGAAUCAAACUAAGUAGUUUUUUGGUGAUUUUACAGAAUUUUCUCUUAUGUCACUCCUUGUGAUUUACAUGUGAUGUCACCCAUACAUAUUUAAUUAUGCAAAUUAGUAAGGCCGGUAUGUUUUUCCAAGAAAGGUGGUAACCCUAACUACUUUUCACAUACUCUUACUUAAGUAUGGAAACUUAAGAGUGAAGUAUGGGAACAAAACUUGUGUGGACUGGCUGACAAUGAAUAUAGUUAAAGGGACACUUUAGUCACCAGAACAACUACAGCUUAUUGAAUUUGUUCUGGUGAGUAGAAUCAUUUCCGUCAGGCUUUUUGCUAUAAACACUGUCUUUUCAGAGAAAAUGCAGUCUUUACAUUACAGCCUAGUGAUAACUUCACUGGCCACUCCUUAGAUGGCUGUUAGAGAUCCUUCCUGGGUCAUGGCUGCCUAAAAUGCAUCCAAACAUUCAGUGUCUCCUCCCUCUGCAUGCAGACACUGAACUUUCCUCAUAGAGAUUCAUUAAUUCAAUUCAUCUCUAUAAGGAGAUGCUGAUUGACCAGGGCUGUGUUUGAAUCAUGCUGGCUCUGACCCUGAUCUGCCUCUUUGUCAGUCUCAGCCAAUCCUAUGGGAAGCACUGUGAUUGGAUCAGGCCACCACUUCUAAUGAUGUCAGCAGACUGCUUGUUUUUAUGAGUCUAACAGCAUGCAGAGUUACAGCUUCAGGCUUGAAUAUAGUAAGAUUUUGCUAUAUUUAUGGAGGCAUGAGGGGCCCAGGGGGGCUAGAUGGUGGUGUUAACACUAUAGGGUCAUGAAUUCAUGUUUGUGUUCCUGACCCUAUAGUGAUCCUUUAAGGUAAUGCUGACUUUGGUCUCUCUAACACUGUGGCAUGUUCCCUUUCUUCUACACUCACUACAUACAGCUUUUCUCUGUCCCAGACUAUAUACCAGGAGCUUCUGCCAGCUAGUAAGAAGGUAAGGAGACAAGUGGACCAGCGAGUGCUAGGGGACAGUCCUUAGAAAGCGUUGAGCAAGCGCAUCAAUAGAUGCAUUUAUGCCACGCUCAGGGUGCUGUCUGUCAUAGUAUGCCCUUAGUUGGCCAGCUGCAUGAUUGGCAGGCAGCUGGCCUUCUAAUUCUUUGGGCAGACAUGUCCUCUUUUUGGGCAUGUUCGCCCCUUUUGGCAGGUUACGUAAUUUGUGUCAGUGGCACACCCUUUUACCAUGCCCAUUGACUUCCUGCUUGACUGGACACUGCUGUUGGGGGUUAUGGAUUUACUUGAAAGAUGAAAACAUAAAUUAGAGAGAGAUUAGCCUAGGGUAUGUGUUUUCUUAUAGCUGCUGUUUUCUUUCUCUCCAGCACCAUCUCCAUCAGAUACAUGACGCUUGGGAGUGUUUUACUGUUUUUGGUCGAUAUGAUUCUGUAAUUAGGCCCAUCCUAAUUGUCAGCACCAGGCCCACUGGGCUCUUAAUCUGGCCCUGGACAUACCCCAUUUGCAAUACCUUGGGUUGCCUACUAUUGCAAAUGGUAUGCCAUUAUGGGUGUAAAUUUCAUUCCUGGGCUACUAUAAAGUCCCAAAGGCAACGUAACCAAUCUGGCGAAUUUCAAUUUCAAAUGUAACGUGCUAUAUUUGACCCUGUAACUUCCCAAAACGCCAUAAAACCUGUACAUAGGGGGUACUGUUUUACACGUGAGACUUUGCUGAAUACAAAUAUGUGUAUUUUAUUGCAGUAAAAGCAAACAGUAUUAACACAUUGACAGUUAAAAUGUCAUGUAGAACUAAAAAAAUCAAAAAUAAUCUUAUUUUCUCCCAUUUUUUUUUCAUAUUAAAUUAUGUUUCAUAGCUAAAUAUUUGAUAUUAAAUGAAAGCCCUGUUUCCCCUUAAUAAAAUGAUAUAUAAUAAGGGUGGGUGUAUUUAAUAUGAAAGAGGUGAAUUAUGGUUGGACAGACAUGUAGCGCAAAUGCCAUGUUUUGUUUACAUUUUGUUUCGUUCACAACGUGUACAUUUGGCUCAGUCCUUAAGGGGUUAAGAUGAUAGGGAAAACACCUUCCAUUACAUCCACAUUUGGGAUAUAUAAAUAAUAAGCGCCGACACACAUUAUUCUUUGUUUUUAACAAAUACAUUUAUACUUAUGUUCUUUUUUUAAUAUGAUUCAGUUUUUUUUUUUUCUAGCAGAGAAGUCUGAUGUAAAGGACACCGGGAAAAAAAAACCUGAAAAGGAUAAAAGCAGGUCUGCAUCUCAUUCUGCACGGCCUCCUUCAGAGCCUUCAAACACUCUUCAGCAAUUAGUACAAGAAAGUAAGUUGUUAUUUACUAGACAUUUAAUGUCACCAAUAUCCGUAUUACAUAUAAGCAAUGCAUGGACCAAUGGUUGCAGACCGUAGAUAACCAUCCAUGUCUUGGUAUCUUUGGAUGUUUCUCCUCACUCAUGUCACCAAGCAGCACCACGUGUCCUUCAGGUAUAAGUUUAGAUGUAGGAGGUUACGCAACUUUUCGACCAUACAGCCUAUUGUGUCAUUUAUGUAACAUCAUACCCAUACUUUUUGACAUGACAAUUCUUAUUCUAAACAUAGAAAAGAUGCCAUUCCAUGUUUAUAUACCCUCAACACAGACAAAACAACACCCUGUCAUGGUUUGCUUAAGAUAUACACGAGUGUGUUUUCUUUCUGAUCUAUUGGUAUCUCACCCAGUUACCCUCUAAUGAUUUUGUCCUCUGUUCUCCUUUGCUCUUUUGUAUGAUACUAUAUGUCCCUUGGACCACAGCUUGUUCUAGUUUACUCUGUUGGCCUGUUCCUAGACUUUUCCACCUACCCAGACACCAGCCAUCUCUAACAUCUGGUAAUUGGCUGCUAUCUUUUCUGCUCUUUAGGCUAAGUUUGACCUAAGUUCUGCAUACAAAAGGUAUUAUAGAUGGUAUCUAUAACAGAUUAUAGAUGGUAGUAGAAAAUGCAUGAGCUGAUAUAUAAUAGUGAGAAGAGAGUAAGCUUUGUUGAUUUGAAUGGAAUGUUACAGGGGAAUAAAAGUCAAAUUAAAACUAGAGUGAAAGGUGGGACAAAUUGACUUUUCCUUUUUUUUUUUUUUUUAUAUAAAAAGAUGCAACAAUUUAAAUAGAGCAUCAGCUGUGUAGAAUGUACAUUUUUUGCAAAUAAAUUCAGUACACCGACAGUGGUCUCGCAGCUAAUCUGGCUAGAGUUAUAUUUUGUCAAUGUUCACUUUCAGCCCAUCAUUGGAUAAUUUUGACUGGAAUCAGUACAGGGGUCCUAGAUCAGGGUUUCUCUAUCAACCCAUAUAAAACCAAACUACUAGCCAGUACAGCUCGAACAGCAUUUUGCAAACUGACAAAUGGGGUGUCAGUAACGCGAGACAAAAUGGCAUAAUAUAAAAAUAAAUGCCACUUUAUUUCCAUAUAAAGAAUUUCUUUAUGUUUUUCAAUGUUGGCUAAUAUUGAGGAAGUUGUGGUGUAGAAAAAAGGCCAGUGGCUCUUGAAGUAAUAAUUUUAAUACUUGAAGCUAAAUUGCCAUCUGGAUUUGAUAUUGCAGACAGAGAUUUGUUUGGAAUGAAAUGACAGUGGAUUAUAGCAUUCACAUGAAAUAAUGUGGUAUUUCAUGCAAUCCAAAAGCAUCUGCAGGAUCUUCAUAUAGAACCUAAAGGGCAAUAUUGCUUUUACUAAAACCAAGUCAACAGCUGCGCUUCACAAUGAAGUUAUUUGCAUAAUACUAAGGGUAAAUAUAAAUAGCCAGCCAUGUACAUCUAGUUGUGCACUUCUUUAACUCUUUGUAGAAGUGAUGAAUUGGCUCAUCUCAAACUCUUGUAUCCCUCUAGCAAUCUAAAUUAUUUAAAUACACAACACCUGGAAAAUGUAAAUAAACAGCAGAAAGUAAUGGUAUUAAAUUGUACAUAAUCUUUAAGCUUCAUAUUUUCUUUUUUUCAUUUAUGUGCUUGGCUUGGCACUGGCAAUGCAAUAGCAAGAAGGAAAUUGAAAUAAAACUAACUGUACAAUGUUUGCAUGAGUUUAUAUGUUUGUUAUAAAUUAUUGUAGCAGUAUCAGUGCAAUGAAACUGUAUUCAAACACGAAUGCCAAUUGCAAAAUAACAAAGGACCCUGAGUAAUGUUUCCAUUCUUGGGUAACCGGUGAAAACCCCCCAAUAAUUUAACAUCCAUGGCAUUCAUCAUUACAAACUUGUUAAUACCGGAGAUAUAUACUAUUUUCGAACUUCCCUUCAUACUUCUCAAGUAUUAACCCAUGCAACCAAUCAACGGCUCUGUUUUCUAUCUCUUAGGAAAAUAUAUUUUACUUUUAAUAGGCCCACAUUGGAAUGCAAACAGAGCUUUCUUUUCCAUCUAAAUAGGUAAAGGAUGUUUUGUCAGUAUUCUUAUUAUUUGUCCUGCCUUAUUCCAUAAUCCAAGUAUUUGAUGCUUGGUAUCCAAAUUACUAUUAACGAUACCAUAUGAAGGCCAGAGCCUAUGCAUAUACUCUGAUUAUAUGCACUGUACCAAGACAUUCUUUGUUCAAACCCAGACUGAAAAUAAUGAUAGUAUGCACCACCCUUGAUUGACAAGCUCUGACUGUAACCAUCAGGAAAGACAAUUUCUGAAUCACCCUCAGAUUCAAUAAUAUCACCAACCACAGUCAUUCUUUAGGUCACUGCAAGGUGUAGUUGCUGAAAUGUAAGACUUCCUUCAGAUAACUACACCGCUCCAGAACCUUUUCUGCAAUCUCUCCAGACCCAACAAUCUUUGAGUUUAACAAUAAGUAAAUUAAAAUAAUAACUAACUAAAAUGUUACUGUUGUGUCCAUUUUUUAUAUCUUCCAUUUAUCUCUGACCCCAUGACAUUUUUAUAAAAAAAUAAUUACCUAUAUUGUUUUGCUUUUUUUUUUUUUUUACCCUGAAGACGAUUCAAGUUACUUAGUGUGACUUUCAAAUUGACCAAAUGAGCAACUUAUUAGAAGGAUAUAUAAUAAGAAGAUUAUUAACUAAAGGGCUAAUUGACAGCAAUUCAAUGUGAAGUCGGUUAUUUUCAGUUUGGCUAUUUUGCCGUCAAUUGUAAAUGGCUUGUGCAUCUUGAAUUUCUAAUAGUCAUGCUGUCAUGAGGGGCGUCAUGAUGUGCGUACGUGCUGAUGCUUGUGCUCGUGCCCCGUGAUGACGGAAGAGGAGGGGGGACCCGCCAAGACCUAGCGUGAGCGGAGUCUUCGCAGGCUUUUCUCCGUUAGCCAGACCCUGCUUUGCCUGUAAGAACUAGUUUGAGGCGUGCAGGAUCCCUGCAAAGAGAUUACCUUACCUGGCGGUGUACUGCGAGUAUUUUGCUGCCGGCUCCGGUCUGGUCCGGUUAGUAUCUCGUGCUGCUGCAGUUACAAUGAACACGGUUGAUGUUCCCACUAUGAUGGCUCACUCUUGCUGUUGAGCCAGACUCUGUUUUACCUGGAAGAACCCGUUCGAGGCGUGUUGGACCCCCGCAAAGAGAUUACCUUAACUGGUGGUGUACUGCCGGCUCAGGUCCGGUUCGGUUGGUAUCCCUUGCUGUUGUAGAUAUACGAAAUCGGUUGAUGGACCCACCAUGGUGGCUCAUUGCUGCUGUUGAGGUAUUGGGGUUAACACAGCUGUGGACAGAUAACUUAUAUAUACUAUAUACUGGCCUAGGUUAUUAUAGCCCUACUAUUUAAUUAUUUGUGCCUAGUUUUUGGCUUUUUUCUGCAAUUGUUUAUACUUGUUAGCCGCUGAGACCACUGAGUGUAUUUGAAAGUCAUUCAACUAUUUGGGCUAGUUAACUAUUUGGCCAUGAAAAAAUCAUAUGAAACAAAAUCCUCUACAAGGAAAGACAAAAAAGACUCUUUACAAGAAAAGACACAGGAUAAGUCUUUAACAACAUAUUUUUCACCUCAGCCACAUCAGACUCUAAAGUAUAGGACGACUGAUAUGGAUCUCAAUUCAGAGAGUAUGGAGUCAGAAGGUACAAAAAAUCCUGAUAAGGAACCGAUUACUAUUUCACUGUUGCAUACAAGUUUAAAAGCCAAUUUAGAAGAGAUAAAUUCUGAACUGGCCGUAAUGGCUACAGAAAUCAAAGCAGAUAUAAAAAAGGAAAUAAAUAUCUUGACAACAAAAUUGGAGGGUCUUGAGGUUAAAUUAAAAGAUAUGGACUUCCAAGUAAAUCUCCGGAAUGAUAACUAUCAAUUGGCACUUCGUAAAAUUUCAGACCUCGAACUCAAAGUAAGUGAUUUGGAAGACCGAUCGAGGCGGAAAAAUUUACGUUUUAGAAAUCUGCCGGAGAAGGGGCCAGAAUUCUGACAGAAUCCUGACGAAGAUGCACUACCUAAGCACCAAAACGUGCGUCGGGUUUUCUUUCUCACUUAUUUUCACACUGGGCACUUUCACUAUGUGCAGGCAACCAACAUUCUAAGUAUGGUUCUGCACAUUAGCACUAUGUAGUUUAAUUUUCUUAACCUCCUUUCCAGUCCUUAACUUCUUAUUAAGUAAUCUUUGAAGGGGAUACAUUAAUUACUAGAUAUCUUUCUUUAUAUUUUCAUAAUAAGUCCCUUCACUGGUUACUAAUUAAUACAUUGAUAUAUAUUUUCUUGGAGACCUGUUUAGUUACUGUUUCUGUAUGGUAUUUAUUCUAGUACAGUGUUACUACAGUGUUACUAAAUAUCAAGUGGAUAUACAUAUCCUAGAGAUCAUCCUCCUUAUAUAGACAGCACAUUGUCAUCAUAGAGCUGCCAGGACAAGUGAUUGAUCUUUUAGGUACAAGGUCGCCUUUUUAGUUAUUAGGACUGGUAUCCGUGAUCUAAUAUUUAUUUACCAUUAUAUACAGACUUUGACCUAUCUUGUUAAUAAUAAAGUCAGGACUCUGAGGUUUAUUUUAUUCACGGUUUAGUGUUUGAGAGGUAUAGCCUAUAGGCUUUGUAUGUACUAUUUCACAUUUGGAUUGCUUUGACGUUUGGGAUGGGUAUGUUAUGUACCUCUUUGUAUUUAAGCAAUUUCUUACAGAUUGAACCUUUAUCAUUAUAGUUCCAGUUUAUACUCGAACCACUGGAUUGUUCUAUCCAGUAACUUGAGUUUUUUUGACCGUGUUUAUACAGCCUGAUUAUAAUUACUUAUAAAAAUUGUGCCACGACCUUAAUGCCACAUGAAUGUACAACUGUAUUAUCACUGCGCUUACAACUGCGUUGUGGCACUGUAAGCUGUCUUGUUAUCUCUUGCACAACGAAAAAUAAAGAAUAAAAAAAAAUGGUAUUAAUUCCUGAUGUUGUAAAAUAUGCCAAUUUUUAUUUAAACUGCCUUUAAAUUUAUUAUUAUUAUUAUUAUUAUUAUUAUUAUAAUUUAAAAUAAGGGAAACCUUAUAUAUCUAUUAACAUUUUUAGGUUUAUAUUAAAGUAAAUUUUCUCUCUCUCUUUCUUGUUUUUUUUUUUUAUUUUAACUACUAAGUUGGUGACUCAGCUCAAGAAACUGAUCUUUCAGGAGAUUUACUUGGUCAUCUAACUGAGCGAUGUCCGAGCAGUUUCUCCUCAAACUGAGAAACUGGACUUUUGGAAUAUUGUCAAACCAUAGGCGGAAGUGACAGCUAUCUCUAUGGAUAUAGCUAUAUACAUCCACCUAUUUUUAAAAAAAUGUCAGAGUUUUUACCUUUUCAUUCUCAAUAUAAAUUUCUAGAUCUAAAAAGUAGAUUUUUGUUUUAUUUACCUUGUGUGUCAAUCGAAUGUUCCAUAUGUAAUUAUUUAAAAGUCUAAAACUGAAACCCCUUUCCAAAUAAUUUAAUAAAAAUAUUUUUCCCAAACCCAAUGUGGCCCAUGUGACUUCAGUUGUAUCGUAGACAGCUUUAUGAACUAUGUGGAAUUCAUAAAGGACGCGUGAUGCGUCGUUGUGCAUGCAUGAUGACAUCACAAUUCUCUUUCAUUUGUCUGCAGUCAUCUUGAAGGGACGCUCCUAAAGACAGACCCCUAAAGCACUUUAGAUUGCUGAAAAGCUUUAUGUUUGAAGAAUGUGUCCUCUUUUUUUCAUUUUGCAAAUAGUGCAGAUUUCAAUAGAAAUUGACACUUUUUUUUUUUUAUAAAUUAACCUGAUAACAUCCCUUGGCAUUCAAGCAGACAACAGGUUCUGUUACUUAUUGGUAUAGGGUAGCUAAGUGGAGCUAAACUCAAGAGGCAGCAAUUGACAAGAUCACCUGCCUUGCAAAGACUUCUCAUUGAGCUGCAUUGGAAAGUAUGUGAUUGGACAGCCACAGAAAGUCUGGGCGGGGUUAGAAGAUGAGGGUUUGCAAAAGCUGCAUACAUGAGAAAUGCAUGCUUUGCAAGAGGUUUUUUGAUAUAAUCCCAAGUGAAAGACAGAUCCAUGUUACACAGUUAUUGCCUGCUCAUAUUAAUCUCCUCACAAAAAUCUGAUUAUUGAUGGUCAGGAUUUAAAAGGACGCUUGUCAUCAAAUUUUCUCAUUUUUUAAAGUUAUUUACAAUUAUUGAAACUUGUUUUUUUUUUCAUAUUUAUGUUUUAUUGUUUUCAUAUUAUAACCAGAGCACUUUUGGCUGUACAAGAGUAUUACAUGAGAUACACAGUUUGUUAGCGUAUACAGUUGGUUAAUGCGUACGUUUUACAGCGCCUCAGUCAUAAUCUCUAUGUCAGUAACAAGAAUAUGCUACAAUAAGGAGUAUAGCAAAGGUUACAUUGAUGCAAAUAAAGAUAGUGGUGAGAGCACUCAAUCAAUUAAAUAUAAAAAGUUUACCAGUACUGGACAUGUAUCUAAAAUAACAAGACAUAAAAGAACCAUAGGGUAAUAUUAUCAUAAACAUAUGUUAAAACCCUUGUGUGACUGGUCAAACUCACAUUUUGCUGAGUCACUUAAAGAAGCUGACUCAGACUAUAAGAUGUUAGCGGAGAUAAACCACAUAAAGCAGGACUUCUGUACCGGUCUGAAUAAAUCCUCCUUGGAUAUGAUCAGACCAAUUAAUCCAGGAUGCAGGAUCAAAUUAACACUUAUUUAUUGAUAAAAGCUAAAAUAAAAAAACAAUAACAGAAUAAUGUCCUUAAAACUGCCACGAUGCUUUUCGGUGGUAAAGCCUUCCUCAAGUGGUGCUGUCCGUCCAUCUUCACUGUUCCUUAUACAGGAAUUUUGGCGCCCAUCCCUGUGACUAUCGUGUCUUACUACUUCCGCUUUCGUCAAUUUUCGUCGUCCGACGUCUAACUUGCGUAUCUUGCGUCAUGACGUCACUCGGGCGACAUCUACCGGAUGUGUUACGGGCGCCAUUUUGGAAAGUCCAAUAUAUGAAUAUAAGUGCCAGUCUUUAACAAAUUCUUAUAAUUAAUAAAGUGCAUAAGCAUCAAGCACUAAAAUUACAAGUGAACCUACUUAGAGGGAAAAAAUAUAGAGGAAAUAUCAUCAGAAAAACGGAUUGUACACAGAAAAAAAUAAAAAAUAAAUAAAAUUACAGCUUAAGUAGUAAAAACAUAGAGACUCUGAAAUAUAUUAUAUAAAACUCUUUGUGGGAAAAACAUUAUGUAAGAGGGGGGAAACAUGAGGAAUAUAUAUAAAACACAGAUAGUUAUAUACAUGAAUUCAUUUCGAAAUGUGAAUUCAGACCAUGAGGGGACAAUGAUUCCAUAUUAAAAAUCUACCUCAUUUCAGUUUUACUGAGGAGGCUCUCAAUGUCUCCUCCUUUCCAGUGUGUUUUCACUUUUUCUAUUCCUAUGAAUUCUAAACCAUUUGCUUACCCCCAUGGGCUUCCCAAAUUUUUUUUUGAUUCUCUACAAAGGGUACAUUUUCUGUUAAUAUUAUAAAUAUGUUCCCUGAUUCUUAUUUUUAAUGUUCUAGAAGUUUUGCCAAUAUUCUGAAAAAUAAUCAUGUAAAUAAAAUUUUUUGGAAUUACAAGUUAAAAAAGAUUUAAUAUUAAAAGAUUUUUUGUUACGGAAUGAGGUAAAUUUAGUAAUGUUCUUAUUCUUGUUCCUUCUUAAAGUGCAACCUUUACAAGUCUCACAAUAAUAAAAACAUUUUCUCUUUUAAACAUAGUUAAAACCUGUGGAUUCGUCCUUUUAUCUAAAAAACCUGAAGUUAAAACUUGCUUAAGACUCUUCGCUCGUCUAAAAAUCUGGUCCCCAUGGCCGUUCCUUUUGUUUGCAGAUAAAAACUGUUUUCCAACCAAAAGAAAAAAUUGUUAAAAAUAAUCAUAUCAAACUUAUGUUUGCGGGGACUUCAACUGCGUACUUGACCCAGACCUGGACAGAUCAGGCACCCCAGGUUCCCACCCCUGCUCCAUCUCUAUUGGUGACAAGCUCUAUACCCGGCCACCAGGGACUAUACUUUUUAUUCGAAAGUCCACGACCAAUAUUCCCGCACCAUCGACCCUAUCACCUGGUCAGACCACGCCCCACUUGCUGUCCUCAUUUACCACUCUACACCUGAUGAGGGGACGAGGCACGUGGCGCCUCAAUGAAUCGCUUAUAAACGGCACUGAACAGGUUGCAGAGAUAAGGAAAACAAUAGUGAAUUACUUCACAGACAACCAGCCCCAAGACACAACCGUAGACGCGACAUGGCUGGCCCAUAAGGCCGUGGUACGGGGAGUACUGAUUAGGGCAGGAGCGACACCUAAACGCAAACUAGCGGAGACCAGCAGAGCACGGCUCAGGGAUCUGAAACUUGCAGAGGACCUCCACAAAUCUUCACCCACUGACGUGACCAGACUGGAAGUUAAUAAGAUCAGAGCUGACUUAGAAACUCACCAACUCCAGCGAGUGGAGAGGGCUCUCCGUAAACUCAAAAGCGAGUACUAUAGACAAGGGAACAGUGCGGGGAAAUUGCUAGCCGCCCAACUGAAAGACAAAAACGCUCAGAUGUGCAUACCAUGCUUAGUAGACGGUAACGGGACAAAACUGACAAACCCCAAACUGAUAGUAGAUUAAUUUUAUGGUGCCCUGUAUAAUUUAGCGGAGCACCCCCUACAACACCAGCCGCCUACUUAGACAGAGUGGAGCUCCCCCAGCUCUCCAGCGACCAAGCCUCUCUACUCAGUAGUAAAAUCACUCCAGAGGAAAUCUCCAAAGCACUUAGGGAAACCCCCCGACACAAAACCCCGGGACCGGAUGGUUUCUCCACCCACAACUACAAAGUCUUUGUGGACCAACUCCUUCCACACAUGACCUCCCUGUUCAACAACAUCAUGGAGUCAGGCUCCAUACCCCCUGAAAUGUUAGAGGCCACCAUAAUUACUAUUCCCAAGGCAGGCAAACCCACGUAAUUUUGCGCAAAUUACCGCCCUAUCUCCCUGCUUAACGCAGACACGAAGCUAUUUGCCAAAGACCUAGCCAACAGAAUACGCCCCCUCCUGUGUACGCUUGUCUCCCCGGAACAAUCAGGUUUCGUCCUGGAGCGUCAAGUAGAGGAAAACACCAGAUGGGCACUGGACAUAAUGGAACUCCUGACGGUACACAGAACACAGGGACUGUUAAUGAUAUCAAUCUUUGUGUCGUUAAUGAAUAUGAAAUAUAAGUUUUUGCUUGUGUUUGGGAGCAGGUUCUGGCAUGUACAGGGGUAGAAACGUUAUAGGCCAGCAGGGGCAGUACUUGAUUUGUCACUGCUAAGAUUAGCUUGUUCACCUGUCUCCAAUAGAUGGCUAUCUGUGUACAUUGUCACCACACGUGUAACAUAUCUCCUGCUGCUUGAUGGCAUCUCCAACAUAAGUGGGAAGAUUGUGGGAAAAGAUUAUGGAUUUUAGUUGGGACCAUUUACCAAUGGUAAAGUAGUUUAUGAUUCUGUUCAAUAAGCAUUGCCGAUUUAAUCAGGCGCUUGGGUGUAUUUACCAUUGAGUCCCAUUGUUUCGGGGUAAUACCGCUAUCUAGGUCUUCUGCCCAGAGAAGUGCAGGGCCUGAUACUGCGAGAGGGGUUUGUUCAGAGAGUAUCCUGUAGCACAUGGAGAUGAGUUUGCAAAGCCCCGCUUUUACAAAUCUGUUCCCAGUCUGUUACAUUUUUUAUACAUUUACCGGGCCAUUGGCUGGUGCAGCUACGCCUUGGAGAUAUGGUUUUGAUUGGAUGUAGGAGAAGUUAGAGGUUUGGAGUAGUACGUAUGUAGAGGACAGCAUAGGGAAAUCAAUCAGACCUGUCGGAGAAAAGAGAUGGUAGAGGUGGGUAACUCCAGCUUCCUGUCAUGGUGUAGCGUGGAAUGUAGGUAUACAGUAAACCAACGCCUGGGUCGGGGUUGCUAAUGAUACUAGGCCAGGUCCACUCAGUUAGUGCCUGUUCAAAUCUCAUAUGUGAAGAACUAGUUUGUUUUUUGUGGGAGCCAAAUGAGUAGGGGGUCUUUUGUCUUUAGGUAACCACAGUAAGCUAGCUAAGUCAUAUGGCCUCACUAGUGUCCAUUCAAUACCUAUCCGUUGAGGAGUUUUGUUUGAGAAAGUGCCGUAGUGCAGAUGCUAAGGCCGCUGCGUGAUAGUACUUUUGGAUAUGUGGGAACGCCAUGCCACCUGAGUUGGCCGAAGCUAGCAUCAGUCCGCUGGUCACUAUAGGUCGUCCCUCCACCCAGACAAACGUUGAGGUUCUUGUUCACAGAUCUGAAAAAUAUAUGGGGCAGAUGCAGUGGUAGUGCAAAAAAAGAUAUUGGAGUCUGUGAAGUAUGGACAAUUUGAUCGCUAUAAUGUGUUCCGUCCAUGUUAAGAACAUCUGUGUCCACUUUUUCAAUAGUGUAGCACAUUCGCUCCAUACCUUAACGCUGUUUGCGGCGUAGAGGUCUACAGGGUUUUUGUGAACGUCAGUUGUAGAUAUUUAAUAUUGUCAGAUCGCUAUUCAAAAUUGUAUGUGUGUGUUGAAGAUAGGUAAGAGUGGUUGCUGGAUACCAAUGUGUAAAGCCUGCGCUUUGCUGGUGUUAAGGGAAUAGUAGGAUACCUGUCCGUAGUCCCGUGAGAGCUCUAGUAAGUGUGAUAGUGUUUUCCUUUGGUUGGUAACAUAUAGCUGAAUAUCAUAGGUAAAUCUGCCGAUAUUUAUUUCUCUGCCACAUAUCUCCAGGCCAUGCAUGCUUGGGUGUUCCUGUAUGGAUAUCAGUAAGGGUUCCAGGGCCAGUACGUAUAGGAGUGGCCACAGGCAACAGCCUUGCCACAUUCCAUUUGUAAUCAUGACAGUAGAGGACAGGAAGCCUGUUUUCAAUAUUUGUGCAGAUGGGCAGGAAUAGAGUGCAAAUAUUUAUUUAGUAACCUGGGGGGAAAACCAUAGUAGUUAAAUAACUUUUCAAGGACGGUCCAACCGAGGUGAUCGAACGCUUUCUCGGCGUCUAACGCUAAGAGCAGACAUCCGAAACCUUUCCAGCACUAUUUAUAGUUUGCUUGUAUUAUCCUGUCCCUGCCUCCCCGAGAUAAAAAUGUCACUGCAGCCAUGUUGGGUCAGACUCUACUUUUAUCUGACCAACUGCUGCUCAACCUAACUUGCCUGAUGUUGCAAUUGCUCUAAGUGCCAACAGAUGAUCAGAUAACAGUAGAAUCUGACCCAACAUGGCUGUUUAAUCAGAUAAAACAAAGUGUGAAAUGUUCUAAAAUAAAUCAAUAGAAAUCUUUUUUAAAAUUAAAUUUCAUUAAGUGUAAUAAACUAAAAAAAUAAAUAAAAAAAAGUAAACAUUUUAUGACAAUUGUCUCUGUCAUAUUUUUGUUACAAAUUGGAUCACACCUUAUUCUUGCUCAAUAGGUAUCUUCCUUGCAGGAAGGGUCCAGUAAAAAAAUGCAGUACAUCUUAACUAAAUAUUACCCAGGUCUAUUUUUUCUUUUCAUAUUUUUUUUUUUUUUUUACUGAAUAACUUUCAGUAUCUGGGAUUGAAUCCAGUAACCUGGGAGGAAUUGGAAAUGUUUUAUUUUGGAUCAUUUAAAACAGUGAAGUGUACUUGUAUGGAGCUACUUAAUUAAAAUAUAUUUACAUGUGAAACUGCUAAAAUAAAAAUAUUGGUAUAUGCGAAGUAGUGAUUUGUUAUAUUUACAGAACUGCAUGUCUCUCAGAAGUAACACUAUGCAAAUGCACCCAUCUGUAAGACAACAAGAUUUUCAUAACAGCAGUAACAGUAUUGUCAGAUGUUUUUAUGCAAUUGGCAAAAUACAGAUUGGCACAUUGCCAGUGGUAGUACAUUGUGUAUAUUUUGGAAGAGAUGGCAGAUGGUAUAAUGUUAGCCAAAUGAUGCUGGUAUGUGUCUACAGAUAAAUGUGUUUUAUAGGUGUGGUAAAAUGGUCAGAACAAUCAAUAUGUAUGGAUAAAUAUAGUGACAUAAAUAAUAAUAUUCAUUGACCUACAGCAUAAUUCUUUAUUUUUUACCGCUCUUGGCAGGGGUCAUCAAGUAGAACAAUACAGUCUUCAGUUACAUAAGAGACAAUUGUCACAUAUAAUCAAUAUAACCAACCCCAACAGAAUUGUAAGUGGCAGUAGGCCAGGUAGGAAGAUGCAUUAUUUUACCGGCAAUGCCUAUCGACAUUAGUGCCAUGAAUACGUAUGUCUCUGCGUAUGUUAUUUUGGACCCGCCUUAUGAAGGUUUUUCUGUUUGUUUUUUCUUUCUGGUAUACAUGUUUUAGUGUGAAAUAUUAAUAGAGUUAACGGUGUGUAUUACGAGUCCCAUUGUGAAUGGGAGGAGAAGUAUAGACAGGUGAUAGGAGAAUAGUGUGAUGUAAGACAGAGAAGAGUCAGAGAUUGUUACAAGAUGAGAUAGGCCAGCAGGGUACGAGGACAGGGGGUAGCCAGGCAGAAUCCCUCGGGUGCCCAGAGAUGGAGUGCAGGCGGAAAGGAAAUAACGGUGUAGGAUGAGCCUGACCCUUCCUUUCCCGUUCUAAGUCCCCUAAAUCUCCCCUAUCGUCCCUGAGUAAGCUUCCCAGAACUGGCUUUUUAUAGAAACAUUUAUUUUGGAAAUUUCAGCUUUCAGGAGGCUCUAAAAUCCUGUCACGUGUGCAGCAGCUGCAUAGAAUAUGUUACUUUAUUUUUGUAAUUUUGGCCUAGUGUUGGCUAAUCACAUGUAUUGGCAUUUCUCUGCUGCCAACAUGCCUUUGAAUGGUUCGGAUUGCUUUAAUUAUAGCAGUUAAAUUCUUAUCGAGAGCAUAAAAAUAUUGAUUCUAAUAUUGUAUCCAAAACCUAUAUUUUACAUUGAAUUUAUCGGCUUCAUUUAACAGAUAAUUGGGCCUACCCGAUUCAACAGCUAAAAAUAUAAAAUUUUCUGACGCAAAUCUUAAGAGCAGCGAUGUGUCUGUCAGAGUACUCUGAUUGGUUGGCUUAUAUGAUCCUAGGUUUAUAUGCCACCAGCUGACCACACUGAACAAGUGAGAUUGUGUUUUGGAAUCCAGCUGACAAUAUUUUGUCUGGUAAAUUGUUUAAAUUAUUUAGGGUUUAUGAAGAUUCUUUGAUUUCCUUUACAUGUACCUCAUAAUUGAUGUAUUUAAAGUGGAUCCUCAAUUAGGAUCAAGGGAUGCCCAUGUAGUAACACCAAAGCACCUAGACACCAACCCCCCAAAUCCUCCUAUAAUUAAUCAAUUCUCUGUAUAGCCUCCCUCCUUACUAAGAUAACAUAACCUAUAAAAAUAUGUUAAAAAGAAGAUAUACCUACUUGCCUGUAUUGCCAUCAUAGCAUACUCAUAACGAUAUAAUAAAGCCCACCAAUCAGAGUGCAGUGAGAGCUCUUGGCAGGAACAUAAAAUUCAAAUGAAAGGUGAAGUACUAUUUUCAAGUGAAAAUUUCUAGCAGUAAAAUGCACACUAAUGAGUAGGGUGUCCCAGAUGUCCAAAACAAUAACUCAUACAAACAUAUUCACCUUAUAUAACUAUUGCCAUAUUCCUCACAUACAUCACUGUCAAUGUGCACUGCUUGAUUUUCUCACACAUGGCUUAAUGAAUCUGGUAGGCCCAAUUAUCUGUUAAAUGGAAUUUUUCACACAUGGCUAAAUCUGUAAUCCCUAGGCAAAGAAAAAAGCAAAGAUUUUGCUAUCCACUGUCACUGUGUGAUACACUGCAUUCAUUACACUGCCAUUGAUGCUUGUCUCGGAGCUGGAAUCAGAUAAUAAAUUUAAAAAAGUUACAGAUCUGCAUGUGUAAAUACAUGUUACUCUUUGAUAGUAGUACAAGCUACCCUAACACCAUCUAACUCUAACACCACCAUAGCUGUCCAAGCUUGGAUGGCUUUGGAUAAAUAAUGUGCAAGUGACAUUUCCGCAGUACGGUCAUGGUUUCUUGUAACCUUUGCAUGGAGUUGUUAAACCUAGUUCAUAUUUGUGUAGAUGGGAAUACAGGAUAGUACCCUACUACUGGAUUUUAGAGUGACUGGGUCAGGAAAUUAGAAUAAAAUAAUAUCAAUCAAUUUAGAGAAAUCACUAUAGAAUACGAACACACAAGUAACCUGAAAGAAUUAGUAUAGAAUGCAAGCUUAAAUAGCAUAAUUGUUGCUAUUAUCGAUGUCAGUUUAGCUGCGCCCAGUGAUGCAAGUGCACACAUUCAGCUGGAAUUUGAUAUGGCCAAACUGAUAUAAGCAGACUGUGCUCCAAAGUAGAACAGCGUGGGUGCGAUCAACGUAGGACAUGCCACAGGGUGUCCAGCACUAGCAUUGAGUAACCCGUGCCCAGUAACAAUAAUAUGACUGGCAACUGAAGGACCAUUUUGUUAAAUGUCUUGAAAACUGUUUGACAGAAAACUUCUGUUAUUAUGUCUAUACUUAUUUACUAUAAAGUAUUCAAACAUUUUGAAGUAAUUGGUUAGCUCAUAAUUGCUCAAUAUAUUUUUGUUCUCAAUGUGAAGCAUUGUUUCUAAUGGUGCAGUAAAACCUCAAGGAAUGGCCAUUUACACUGUUAAUGAGGUUACCAGUAAGGCACUGAUGUUGACCCUUUAAAUAUCAAACAAUCUUUUUGUCCCUCUUAAUAUGCUUUUUUUUCAAGAAUAAACUGAUUCAAAACUAUUAACUUUUUUUCUCAACUAAAAACAGACAAGUUAAACCAGCCAAAAGUGCUAACAUUCUCACCCCCCCAGUGACGUUUGCACAUUUGAUACUACAUCCCUUCCAUCUGAACAAUAAAAUAUCAAAACCCACCUUUAAUUCCUUAAUUGAAAAUAUCAUACAACCUUCCACAAUGUUUUAUAUAAAAUUCUCAGUUUAAAAACAUAAAUGUUAUAAGCCAAUUUCACUUUUUAUAGAACAUAGAGUAGAUGUUUAAAGGCAGAUAAUAGCUGAGAUAAUACAUUAUUCUAUUUAUUUGUGAUUUAAAAAAAAUAAAUAAAAAAAUUCUCAUUUAUUUUCUUUGCAGCCACAACUGUGCCACCGGAGCCGCAGAUGGUUGUAUAUGCCAGCUAUUUACCACUUCACUUGAAUGAGCAGAAGAUUUCUAUACUAGGGCAGAUGGUAAGAAGUAAAAACAAAAAACAACAUUGCAGGAAUAAAACCAGUCUAUAAAAUCAAAUAUUAUUCAACUUUUCCUUAAAUUUAACUAGCUUUAAAAAAAAAAAAAAAAAAAAGUAGUAGUAUUAAUAUAGUCUACCUAGUUAUAUGAGUCACUCUCUCAGAGAUUUGCCUGUCAAUUCACGGCAUCCUAUUAUUUUUUUAUUGUGCCCUUUGGAGUGCACGAUUAGUCUGUAACACAUGGAAUCUACUGCCAUCCAUUAUCUCUUCAUCUCCUGCUCCUUAAACCUCUUGACACUGAUUGAAACCCGGCUGUCUCCCCAGAGACUGCUACCACUGCCUUAUUAUCCUAUGGUGUAUUGCACUUAUCUUACUCUCUCAGGCCUUGCUAUUUUCAGGGUAGCGCUCUCCCCUUUCAACCUUUGCCCCUUUGUCCUGCUCUCUCUUUACCUCUUUUGAAGUCUAUUUAAUCCAUCUCUUUAAUCCUUUCUCCUCUACUCUCCAUUGAUCAUUUUUGUGCUUGGCUUCCUUCUUUACUUUCCUGUGACUUUUCUUUAUUAAUCUUUGAUGACUUCAGUAUCCUAUUUCUGUUUAUCACCCCCUCCUUUGAUCUUUCUCUGUGGACUAACUCCCCUACUCACAUAGCUGGCAAUACCCUAGACCAGUGAUGGCGAACCUUUUUGAGUCCCAGUGCCCAAACCGCAAUACACAACUUUUUUUCCUCAAAGUGCCAACACGGCAACUAAACCUAAAUACUGAGGUUUAAUUCUCCUCUUCUCUCCCCCCAGCAUCUUCCGUUCUCUACCCACAGCAUAUCCUCCUUGCCCCCAGCAUCUCCAGCUCCUCAUCCUCUCCCCUCCAUUCUCUUCUUCUCAUCCCCAGAUUCUCCUUUUCCUCUCCCACAGAUUCUCCUCUUCCUCUCCCCUUCUCCCACCAGCAUCGCCUCCUCCUCCUCUCCCCCAGAUUCUCCUCCUCCUCUACCCAGAUUCUCCUCUUUUUCUCCCCCCAGAUUUCUCCUCUUCUCUCCCACCUCUUGCCUCCCCAUCAGCAUCUCCUCUUCUCUCCCACCAGCAUCUCCUCAUGCCUCCCCAUCAGCAUCUCCUCUUCUGUCUCACCAGCAUCUCCUCUUCUCUACCCCAGAUUCUCUCCCCACAGCAUCUUCCCUUCACUAACCUCAGAAUAUCCCCACUGCCCCCUCUCCCUCCCAGCACAUAAAUAAUGUUUAAUUUUUUUUUGGUUCGGAUGGGGUUUUGAAGUCCACCAAGGCUCCCUACGUGGUGAAUCCGAUUCCUUCCCGCUGUUGUGAGGGGGUAUGGGCGCGAGGAGCACUGACUUACUGCCGCCGGGAGACAGGAAAUUACGUUAAUCAGGUGCCUCCAUCCCACUCACCCAUCAUCGAUACAAAAGCAGAGUAGGCGCCUGCCGUUUUGGGCAGGCAGGUGCCUACUCUGCAUUGCUGCCUGGGGAGGCCUAAGGCUGCUGACCGGUGCCAGAGGCGCCCCCAUAAGGUUCGCCAGCUGUGGCACGCAUGCCAUAGGUUCACUACUACUGCCUUAGACCUUGUCUUUCCAGUCUUUGCUUUGUUUCUAAUUUCAUUAAAAACGUUCCCCUCUGUCUGACCACCAUCUACUAACCUGUGCUGCCAAUAUGCCCCUCAUUCGGCAUCUUAAAUCUAGGUCAUUAUGGGCUACAUCACUUCACUUUGUCUCUUCUGCCAAGCAAGAGUAGAUGAAGUCUUAUUCAUAUCUUCUUCUAUGCCCAACGCCACUGCCAUAAACUAAACUCUAGUGAAUUCACUUUACUGCCAAGAUUAACCAAGUUAGGAAUGCAAUCUCCCCUCUUUCUUCCUCCCCUUCAACAUUCAGCUUCCAUUCUGUUUCCUGGUCCAAUCUUAACUCAUUUCUCACUGACCUUUGAACAAGAGGUCUUUUUCUUCCAUUUUUCCUCAACGCUUGUCUUGUUGAUCUUUAUUCAUUCACUUUCCCCUAGUGUGGUUCCAUUUCUAACGCAUAUUUUCAACCCCUUUCAGUUGGCAUCCUCCCCUCUUCCCUCAAACAUGCAAAUGUCAAUCCCAUCCUAAAAAAAAACAUAUCUUGACCCUACUUCUCCAUCUAUGUACCGUUCUAUAUUACUACUUCCCUUCACUUCCAAGCUUCUUGAGCGGUUUGUGUUUACCCAUCUAACUCACUUUCUAAAUUCUAACUUCCUCCUUGACCCUCUUCAAUCUGGUUUCCGUUCCAUCCAUUCUACUGAAAUGGCUUUUACCAAUGUAACUAAUAACUUGAAAUCUAAAAGUCAUUGCACUGUUUUAAUUCUCCUCGACCUCUUUGCUGCUUUUGAUACUGUUGACUACUUUCUUAUUCUUCAAACCCUCCAAACCAUGGUCUCUAUGGUCUAUGGUGUCUCUUUUUUAUUUUCAUCCUAUUUUGCUGAAUGCUAAUUUAGUGUAUUCUUACCUGGUGCCACAUCCUGCCCACUGCCCAUCUCAGUUGGUGUUUCCCAAGGCUCUAAUCUUGGUUCUUUUUUAUACAUUUCCACUGCCACUUUUGGUAACCUUAUGAAUGCUUUUGGAUUUCUAUGCCAUCUAUAUGCUAAUGAAACACAGAUUUCUUUCCUCCCUCCAGAAGUGCACCUUCAGUUAUCUUCCUGGACAUCAAUGGUAAACCCUAUUAACCCAACCUCUCAGGCUCACUGUUUACUUUUAACUCAAGUCUUACCUUUUCUUCUCACAUUCAGUCUGUCUCCAAAUCCUGUAACAUCCACCUUACAAAUAUUGGUCAAAUUCACACUUUUCUAACUCAUGUUAUAGCUAAUACACUUGUUCACUCAUCAUUCCCCAACCUGACUACUGCAACUUACUAUUAAUCAGCUUCCAAAUACCCAUGAUGCCCCUCUUCCAUCCGUAAUGAAUGCUGCUGACAGACUCAUCUUCCUGACUGACCGCUACUCCUACACCUUACCCCUUUGCCGGUCAUUACAUCGGUUGCAUGGAUUCAAAAUGUUAACACUAACCCUCAAAGUCCUCAAUAUUUCCACUUCUCACUACCUUUACUCUUUACUCAACAUUACACCCCUCUUAUUACCUUUGCUCUGUGAUCUACCUUCUCCUGUCAUCUGCUUGUUCCUAUAUUGGCAACUCUAAUCUGCAGGAUUUUUCAUGGGCUGCCCCGUUCCUAUGGAAUUCCCUACCCUGUACCAUCAGACUCUACCCUAGCCACCAGUCCUUUUAAAAGUCAUGAAAAACAUGCCUCUUUAGGAAAGCCUAUGACCUUCCUAUGUGAUGCUUCUCAUUACAAUUGUCCUCCUUCAUGGCCUUGUUUCCAUAGUCUAGCUCUCUUUCCUUCUACUGUUCAGUUCUUCAAAACACCACUUUUACCAUCUCAUUUUGACACAGACAUCUUACCCAUCAUCCUCCCCCUCCACCCCCCAACAUGCUGUUCUUCCUCUUGUGUUUCUUUACCACUACCUCAAAGAUUGUAAGCUCGUUUGACCAGUGCCAACUUCACCUCUUAUCUUUUAUGUUCUGGAAGUCAUUUACAUGCUUUCAAAUAUCACCAAUCUGUAAGUUUAAAGUGCAAAAUAUGGUGGUGCUAAAUAAAUGCUAAUUAUUGUUCUAUCUAUCUAUCUACCUACCUAUCUAUCUAGGCAACAUAUUUGGUUAUUUUUCUCACUUGAGAAUUUUUAAGAAGUGAAUUUCAAAUGUAAGGUAAAAAUGGCAUGGAAAAAUUAUAUGCUAUGUCAGCUAUGUUUUCAGUUCUGCGGUUUUUGCCUAAAUGUUGAGAUGCACUUUGAAUUCCCAGCAAUUCUUACUUUACUAAAUAAUCCUAAAUGUGCUGCUGAACUUAGACCUUGGUGUUCUUGGAGUAAGCAAGUCCGGUUCUUCCAUGAUCUAGUAAUUUAUAUGGAAUUGUUCCUACAUAAUACAGAUUGUUAAGUGUAAUGUGUGAUACCUUCAGUUCCUUUAUGUUGCCGUAAGUCAACCUGGCCACCCUAACAUUUUACCACAGGACAGUUACAGAGCCACCCUGCCAAAUCAUUCCUAACUACAUCCUAACUACACAAUUCAUGAUCCCCAUGGUGGAAAACAUGUUAUAUAUUAUACGUGAUACAUACUAUCUUCUCAAAAAUUAUAUUUGUGCAUUACUAAAGUUAUCCUCUUUCAUUUUUCAUUAAUGUGAUUUGAUCUAUGUUCCAGGCUGACUCUGCAGAAAAACUGCGUCAAUAUGGACUCUCUCAUAUCUAUAAUCAUCCAGUCCUUGUAACACGAACAAGAUCAUGUCCUCUAGUUGCUCCUAUAAAACCCCUUCCAUUACCACGGUGGAAACUCAUAAGGCCAAAAAAAGAUAUUAACAUAACAGAUGAAGCCAAAGGUAUGUGCAUCAGUUAUACAAAUGAUAUUCUAUAAAAUGGUUAUUGAAAAUUGUUAUUUCAAAGGUUUGCUUACAAUCUUAGUAGAAAAAAAGAGAUCACCUUUAAAUCAAUGGGAAACUAUUGAUUAGAGUUUGCUGCAAAAGGAGUAGUGAUGUAUUUUGGUCUAGGUAUCAGCCUGGGCCUGAAUUAUAACUAGGCUGUAUAGGACAAAUGAUCUAUUAUGAUAUUGUCUAUUGAUAAACUACUGACCUGCUUUGUGAAGAGAAACCAUGUAUGGAUGUGUUUAACUGAUUUAAAAAUUCCAUAUUUCUACCACGCACAAAUUACACUUUACAGGUAACAGUGGAUGCAUGAUAGUCAAAUUCCUAAUAAAUAUUGAAUAUUCAAGCUUACACUUAUGUGGAGUUGGCGUAGAUAUAUACAUUUUAUCCACGUAGGUAAGAGAGAUACUUUUAUCCCAUAAACUCACAUUGAUCUAUUCAUUCAGAGCUAAAUUGCAAGCGAAUGUUGUUAAUUUGUUUUAUACUAAUAUACAUUCCUACACAUACACAGGCAUGAUAAUUUCCCACAAUUUAAAAUAAUUGAUUUUUAAUGAAAACAUUGACCUUUGUUUAGACCCAUGCCCACUCACACACACACACUCACUGAUCCAUGCAGACAACCACACACUCACUCAUGCAAACAUCUGACACUGCUCUAAGGAGUCAUACUAAAAGAGAGCCUUGCAGACACACAUUAACCCAUACAGACACACAUUGACCCAUGCACAUAGACCCAAUGCAGGCACACUGACAACGGCUGAUGCAAACACACACUGACCCAUGCAGGCACACACACAUACACACUGACAAAUGCAGACACACUGACACUGACCCAUGCACACUGACCCAUGCAGACACACUCACACUGAUCAAUGCAACACACUCACACUGACACAUGUGGACCCACUGACACUGACCCAUGCAAACACACUGACCAAUGCAGACACACUCACAUUUACCCAUGCAGGCACACAUAUUAGCCCAUGCAGAUACACACUGAUCCAUGCACGCACACACACACUGAGUGACUGGCCCCUGUGUUGAGCAAGACAGGCUGCUGUUGGACUGGCAAGUCCCUUACUAUGCAGGCUACUGGCUGGCACUGGACCCUAGCUGCAUUGCCUGCUGCCGUCUGUGACACUCACAGUGACCCAUUCAGACAUACUGACACUGACCCAUGCAACACACUCACACUGACUCAUGCAACACACUCACAUUGACCCUUGCAGACACAAACAGACUGACACAUGUAGAUACACUGACACCGACCCAUGCAGACACACAUUGACCCAUGCUGAUACACAUACUGACCCAUGCGGUCAGAGGCAUAACUAGAAUCCACUGGGCCCUGGUGCGGAAAUUGCCCUGGGGCCCUCCUCCCAUGUGUUUUAUUCCUCCCCUCCCCGGUGUCUCAUUCCUGCGCCAAGGCCCCCUCCCCCCCUUGUGCCUCAUCCCUCUGCCCCACAGCCCCUCCAUGUGUCCCAUUUCCUCUCCCCCUUAGCCCCUCCAAGUGCCCCAUAGAGUCCUCUCUCCCCCCUCCCCUCCCUGUGUCCCAUGUAUCUCUCUCUCCCCCCUCCCCUCCCUGUGUCCCAUGUCUCCCUCUCUCCCCCUCCUCUCCAUGUGUCCCAUUUCUCCCUCUCUUCAUCCUCCCCUCCAGGUCCAUGUGUCACUUUUCUCCCUCUCUUCCCCCUUCCCUCCAGGUGUCCCAAACCCUCCAUUUCUCCCCCUCCCUGUGUCCAAUACACCCCGUCUCUCCCCCCUUUCUCCCCUGUGUCCCCUACCCUCCAUCUCUCCUCCCUCCCUUUGUUUCUUUUCUACCUCUAUCCCCCUCCAUGUGUCCCAUUGUUCCCUCUCUUCCCCUCCCCUCCCUGUGUCCCAUACCCUCCAUUUCUUCCCCCUUCCCUCCCUGUGUCCCAUACCCUCUCUCUAUCCCCCCUCUCCUCCUGUACCUUACUGGCCGCGGUUCCCGGUCUGACAGGAAGUGCUCUGACAGUGAGCAUUUCCUUUCAGAACGCUCGGCCAAGCUACACACAGGCAGAAGGGGAACAGCACAGUGCAGCUCUCCCUUCCUGCCACACAUCCAGUAACCUCAGACCCGGCCGCACUAGACCAUAAGGUAUCCAGGCAGCCCACUGUCGCAGGGGUCGCUGCUGCAGGCACACACACUGACCAAUGCAGACACACACUGAUCCAUGCAGACACACACACCGACCUUGGUGGGCACAGUUGAUUGGCUCCUGCGUUGGGCAAGGCAGGCUACUGUUGGACUGGCAGGUCCCUUGCUGUGCAGGAUGGUGGCUGGCACUGGCCUGUAGCUGGCCUGGAUAGAGUGGGGAAGAGAGGGCAGCAUUGCAGGCUGUCCUCUUUUGGCCGCCUCUCCAUCCCUUACAAGCAUGAAGGAGGAGGUCAAACGGGGGUUAUGAUGAGUGAAGUUAUAGACCUGCUCGCUCUCCUCUGAUUGGUGCAGCGGCACGGCAGUCCACCAGGAAGGAGAACAAGCAGGUCUGUAGUCGUCUUACAUGGUGUGGCAAUGGCACACUUUGCCAUAGCUGCACACUGCCUCGGCAUGGGAAUGGGCAGGCUAGUAAGGGAGAUUUUUGAUCUCCCCAUGGCCGUGAUGCCUGAGGCAAUUACCCCGGUGGCCUAAAGGGAAAUCUGGCCUUGCCUAGAACACUAUCCUAACCAUAAAUUCCCCCAAAACCCCACUCUUACCAGCAUUGUUUUUUUUCUUGUUGAUUUUUCUUAAAUACAGCAUGAAAAUUUGAUUUCACUAUUUUUAAAUUCAAACAAACAAUGCAGCAACGAGAUCUAUUUGAAUGGCACGUAAUAUGAUUUCAAUUUGGUUGAUACUGAAUAAAGUGCUUCUCAGAUAAACGUGAUUAGUCAAUUUAAAGGGCAAUAAGGUAUAUAAAAGUGACUAAGCUAAGUUGAAUAGAUCACACAGGCACUCACAUAGAGAUACGCACACUUGUUUGUUUACCAUGAAUUACUAUCAUAAUUUUGUAGAUGACUUGUGCAUUUGAAAUAUUGCUGGGGAUUUUAAGCUUUAUUGAGUAAAAUACAAUCCAGUAUUGGUAGCCAUUUCCAGUUUUUAGGUAUUGUGCAACAGUUGUCAAAGUGAUCACAAUUCAUCUUUCACUACACAUUUUACUGCUGGUAAUGCCACAAAAUUCAUAACACUUUAUCAUCUUGAAACUGGGCAUAACUCAGUAAUCUUGAGUUUGAUAUGGCCAUGUAUUGCAAGUUUAAUGACAAAAGAAAACAGACUAUAUUGUAUAUAUACUGACUUCCUCCUACCUUGCUUGUUCAAUGAUCACGUGGCACUCAAACUCUGACAUUUUUCCAGUUCCUACUGCUACCUCUAGCCUCUCAGACGGUGGCCUCUGAAUACAUGCCACAUUUUAUGAUGCAACACACACGGGCCAGUGUCAUGAUGUCACAGACAACAGUAAUACAUGAAAAAAAUAAUUGCAGUGCACUCAGACUACAAAAAAUACAACACGAAGAAGGCUUAUAAAUUGCCUAUCUAAGAAUAAAUAUGGGGAUUUAGUUCCACCAUAUGGCCAUAUGAUGUUAAGCCCACCACUGCUUUCAAAGUACCCCAAUGUUGGUGGGUCCUACGCUAAAAUGUGGGGGACAAAUUUAAUAGUACUAGUGUUAUAAAUAAAGUGUAUUAUUAAAUCCUUGUAAGAGCAAAGUGAGUAUACAAAAAUAAAGUGAUGAAAGCAAUUAAAAACAGUGUUGAAACUAAACAAUUAAAGUGUUAGUGACAGAAUGAGUAUACUCACUAUUGCAGAUGAUAUCUGUGUUGAAUGGAGAAAAUAAUAAAAGUGACCUGAUUAUUGAAAACUCCUCCUAUAUAUACACACCUGUGGCCACCUCUAAAGGGGCCUCUGAAGCUGGGGGGGCCUGGGCAGGGUGCUUAACCCCAAGGGAAUCUGGUCUGAAUUCCAAAUAUACUGUGUACAUAGUCUGAGUAGUCUGAGUGCGCUGCAAUUAUUUUUUUUCAUGUAUGUAGUUUGGUCACUGCGGCAGCACCUUUCAUGCAAAAUGCAGGUCUUGGGUGUGCCCCCAUUCCUUUCUCUGUACACAGACAACAGUAAUAGACCUAUUCAAUCACCUCAUAGAUGCAAUAUCUAGUAGACUAUCACAUUACAUAGACCUACAACUUCAACCUUUGGUACAGAAAAUGAGAUCUUAUAUAAAGGAUACCAUAGCAGUAUUAAAUAUGCUUAAUAAUUGUGUCUGGGAAGACCACUUUUUGCUAGUUACAUGUGAUGUUGCAUCAUUGUAGAUAGAAUUUGUUAUGGAAGGUAUCAAGUUAAUCCUAGAAAAUAACUAUUUUUGGUUUGGGGGAGAAUUUUUUCUCCAAACCAAUGGAACGGCCAUGAGGACCAUGUUCGCCCCCAGCUAUGUGAAUUUAUUUAUGUCAUAUUGGGAAGAUAAUUUUAUAUAUGAAGGACAUGGCUGGGGUGAAAGCUUGGUCACCUAUGGCCGUUAUAGCGAUGAUAUUUUUUUCAUUUGGAAAGGAAGAGUUCAGCUUUUAGAAGAAUUUUUAGCCUACUUGAACUGUAAUACAUGGGGGAUUAGCCUGACCAUACCUGGAGCGAGCAAGAAAUAUAUUUUUCGGAUCUGACCAUUUUUAUAGAAGGAGGGCAGAUAAAGACUAAGAAUUUUUUUAAAGCAGUAGAUGCUAAUAGUUUUAUAGAAAGGGAAAGUUGUCAUUUUACUCCAUGGUUGGAGAAUGCCCCUAAAGGGCAAUUUUUACGCAUUAGGCGGAAUUGUACAGAUUUGGAGAGUUAUAAUCUACAGUCAAUGAAGAUCAAACAGGAUUUUCUAGAUAAGGGAUAUGAUGAUACAAAAUUAGAAGAAGCUCGGAUACAGGUUAUAGAGAGAGAACGAAAUAAUCUCUUAAAAUAUAAGGAUCGUACUCAACACAAUAAGGAAGGAGUACCUUUUAUUUGCAAUUACAGUUCAUAAAAUUUUAGGAUUAGGAAAAUUGUAAGUAGAUUUUGGCCUAUUCUCCGUGAAGAUCCAGUGUUAGAAAAAAUAUUACCAGUACAACCCCAAUUUGUCCAUAGAGGAGUGAAGAAUAUACGUAGUAUUUUAACAUCUAGUUGUAUCAGGGAAAAGAAGAAUCAUGACAUGUUUUUAAAUCAAGAAAAAGGUUUUUUUGGUUGUGGCCAGUGCCUGGCAUGUAGAAGAACAGGAAAUAAAAAAAAAGAAAAAUCACUAGCUUUAAGAGUACAGUGAAAAAAGAAUAUGAAAUAAAAGAUGUAAUUACAUGUCAUACAAAUAAUGUAAUUUAUGUAAUACAAUGCCCCUGUGGUUUAAAUUAUGUGGGUACAACUACCAGGCCUCUUCAUAUCAGGAUUGAAGAACAUAGUAGAAAUAUAAUGAAGGGGGACGAAAAUCAUAGUGUACCUCUUCAUUAUAAAAUUCAUCAUAAUCAAUCCCCGCUAGGCAGUAUUUUUUUAGGAUUAAUUAGAGUGGAAAAAGACUGGAGGAGGGGUGAUUUUAAUCAGAAACUUAGUAAAGAGGAGAUGAAAUGGAUUUUUGAGUUAAAUACUCUUAUUCCUUAUGGGUUAAAUUCCGAAUUUGAAAUUUGUCAUUUCCUAGAAUAAAUUAAAAUAUGAAUUUCUCCUUUAUAGAAAUUUAAAAUAAACUAAAUAAAUUAUAAUAUUAAUUCCUUCACUAUAGAACAAGGUAUAAUGGUUUGUAUAUAAUAGAUAAGUAUCAAUAUAUAAUAAUAGAAACACGAUAAAAUAAAACUGAUUAAGGUGUUUUUUUGGGGGGGGGGUUAGAUAGAUGUAUAAAUAAAUAAGAAUAUUAAAAAAGAUCAUAAAUAGGAUGUAAAAUAAUUGAUCACGUUUUUUUUCAAGAGUGAGUAAUUAAUUUGUAUUGAGAAUUCACAUAAAGAUCUGUUUGCAAACACUUUUUUUUGGAUACACUAUUGAAAAAUUUGCAACGAUAUACAAAUGUAUCUUUAUAUAUACAUUGUUGCAAGAAGUUGUAAAAAUAACUGAAUUUGUAUGUUCUGGUGAUUAACUAUAUAAAGUAUAGGUAGAUUGCAUAGAAAUAUAUUGAAGAAAUGCAUUUCAUUCAAAAGAGAGAUAAGAAAUGAUAUUGUUUAUUUUAUUGUUUUUUAGGCGAUUAGAGAAUUGAGAUAUUGGUUUAUAUUUGUUCUACUAAGAUUUUAUAUCUCCGGAUAUUUGUACAGAGUUCCUCUUUUUUCCCCCUUUUUUCGUUUGUGUGAUAUGUUUUUGAGAACACUCGAUAAGAGAGAUCAAGGUUCUGAAGCAGAAGGACACGACGGGGUUAUGGAAAACUAUGACGUAUGCGGAAGUGAACCGCAAUGAGAAAGAGGCUUGGAACACACACAGUGUCCGCCAAGGAAGUGGCAGCAUCAGUGCGCCGAAAAGAACAGCUGAAUGCUGUUCUUACAAUCAUGGACAGAGUAUAUAG